GCAGGACGGCCCUCCAAGAGCAUCUGUCACUACAGGGGGUCAGAGGGGCCAAGAUGAAUGAGGCCCCAGAGAAUUCACUCAACACACAGCAAAUGGCACAACAUAGGGGAGGGACAAGGGGACUGGGGGAGGAUGUGUGUGUGCUUGGGUGUGUGUGUGUUUGACUCAGAGAGAGAGAGGGGUUCUGCUGUACUGAAGGAAGGAGGAGUAUUUGCUGUCCAUACUGUGGAGGAGUUUAAUUACCAAGGAGCUGCUGAUGGCUUGGGGACACACCAGUUGAGAAUUAAUCAACCCUCCUUGGAUAUUUCCUCACUCUUUUCCUAUUCCUUAGGACAUACCUAUCACCCAAAAUGGACUACAAUUCGUGACUUUGUGAUUUAUUUAUUUGGCAUUGUGGAAUUUAGUGUUUGGUGGUGGGGCGUUUUUUGUGUUUUCGAAGUAUUGUCUGGCUGGCUGGUCGAGAACCCUUGGAAGGUAUGGGAGCAUUUUAGAUUGUUUAGUCUGGCACUUUACUGGAUUUCCACUAACAUGAUGUUGAUGGCUCAGCUUUUAGCGCCUAAUUUAAGGGACAUGGAAAUGUUAGUCCUUUUUUGCAUAGCCCCCAUCCCCCUCUCCUCUCCUCUGCUAUACUGAUUUGUACUCUCUUACUCAUUCAUGGAUUUUCUAAUGUUGACAGUACACUCUUAGUAAAAAGGGUUCCAAAAGGGUUCUUCAGCUGUCCCCAUUGGAGAACCCUUUUUGGUUCCAUGUAGAACCCUUUUUGGUUCCAGGCAGAAUUAUUUUGGGUUACAUGUAGAUCCCUCUGGGGAAAGGGUUCUACAUGGAACCCAAUAGGGUUCUACCUGGAAUCAAAAGGGUACUUUCUGGAACUAAAAAGGGUUCUUCAAAGGGCGAAGAAGAACCCUUUUAGGUUCUAGAUAGCACCUUUUUUUCUAGGAGUGUAGCCAACAGUCAUUGUUCCUGUAUUUCUGUGAAACCAGUCCUAAGAUAUGUAGUUCAUUUACUUGAAUGAUUAUGGAAGUCUGUUUUAUCAUGAUAUAUUGUAAGUAAUGAUGACUGGCAAAAGCUUGUGUGAAUAUUUCAAUAAUAAAGUAAAGAGAUAGUCAAUAGUCAUAUUUUUACCAUGUUCUGAAUGAUCUAAAUCAUUAUAGACUAUUAUAUCACUAUGUGUUGUAGAAAAAGCAUGUUCAGGAUCACCGAGCCAGUGUCAAGUUGUUCUGCAUCUACCCCGGCUUUCCCUUUUUUCCUUCCUUUUCAACACGUGUGUGUGUUUGUGUGUGUGUGGUGUGUUUGCACACGCACACACAUCUAUUUGUGCCAGUGCCUAUGUGCAUGUAUGUGGAUACAGUAGCAUGUUAGAUUUCUUACCGUGAAACCCUUGACUGACUUUACAACAUUGCAGUGUUGUCUUUGAAGAAAAGGUUCCAGGAGUGAUAGAGUGGGUCUGAAACAGGUUGUGACCAAGGGGAAGUAGAUGUAAUCCCUCUCUAUCCUCCCUCUAUCCCUCCAUUGUCAGGAGUGUAACGUCAUUAUGCAGAUGAAGGAAGAAACAAUAAGGGGAGUGAGUGGCGUGGGGAACCAGAGCUAGGCAAGAGGGAGGGAGGGAGGGAUGGAGGGAGGAGAGGGUUUCUUUCAUGCUCGGUCUUGCGUGGCUUCUCUCUCAUCUCUCUCUCUCUAGCUCUCUCUCAUCUCGUCUCUCUCUCUUCUCUCUUCUCUCUGCUCGUCUCUUCUCUCUCUCAUCUCUCUACUCUCGCUCUCUCGCCUAUCUCCUCUCUCUCUACUCUCUCUCUCUCUCUCUGAUCUCGCUCCCUCUCUGCUUAUCCCCUCUGCGAGAUCUCGGUCUCUGCACUAAUAUCUAACAUUUCUUAGGAUUUAAAUCCAUAUCAUCAAAAUAGGUGGUCUGUUUUCACAUCGUUCAUGAUUAAGCUAUUUUACGCAUAUGCAUGCAUGGGUGCUACUGUGCACAUGUGGGUGUUUGUGUGUGUGUGCACCUCUGUGGCCACCACCUUGAAUUCCCUCCUUACACCCCUCAGGCAAAAUUCCCUACCAGCAUGUCAUGCUGAAAGGGCCCUAAAAUGUCAUUACCAGACGAACAGGAUCCCAGCCGUUAGGCACCCGAGGCUGUGCCUGAGUAUGUCUAGAUUUACGGCUCCGUUGGGUCAGGCACAUCUCACUGGCCAUCUGCAGUGUCCACCUUUCACCGCUAGAUUAUUAGUCUUUAAAAAAACAAACAUAUUCUUAUUGUUGUCACAUUUAGUUGAGAGGUGAACCUGCACGUAAGCAUUUAAUUGUACUGAGUACACCAUGUGUAUCUUGGGCAUAUGACAAAUAAACUUCAUUUGAUUUGAUUUGAUAGCCAUGAAAAUAUUUCAACACUCUGGCCAAGUGAGGGGUUAAUGCCUUUGAUAGUGAUCCUGUGAUCAUGGACAUAGAUACAGGGUCAUGUUAAGAUUGAUGUGUAGUGUAGACUUACUGAUAGGCCAGUGUGAUAAGAAUUUCUUAUAGAAUGGGUUAUAUUACUGUGAAUGCAGAGUUAGCUGCCUAGAGGGCCUAAAGGCGUGUUACUAGAAGUGAAGGAAGAUUCGGAUGUUCAGUCUGUACUAAAGAGAACGUUCCCUAAACUCAUACAGCGUUCCUGUAAAGUUAUAGCACUGCCUGACUUGGAUGGUAUGGAAUUUGCAUGACCUCCCUUAUCCCCCUGUCCCCUUGUCCCUCCCAUUGACCAUGUAGCUCUGGAGUUUGAUUAGCCCUAUCAGCGUGAGGCUAAUCAUUCACAAAGUUAACUACUUCAAUGUGGUUAACAGGACAAAUCAGUGUGUAUGUAAUGCCAGGGCGAGGACUUGGGCCCCAGACACCAGGCACUAGGUCCCAAAAACUAAACAACAAGGACCGUGCAUUACAGGAUGGUGACAGGGAGCAUUCUUGUGACAGUCAAUGUUUUGAAGGGAACUUUGUAUCAGCUUAGUUGUAUAAGGUCUACGAGUGGGUAAACAAUGCUAGGGGUCAAAGUGGAAGUACAGAUGUAGGAUCUUAAUUUGAUCACCCUGUAGCUGCACAGCAGGAAAUGCAAACGUGUAGUGUAUUCAAGGUUUAAAAAGGCUUCUAAAAUUUGUAAUUUACACUUUAAAAUGUCAGACUUAAUUUAACAAAACAUUUAUCAAACCCUGCAAAAAUGUCCAUUAAUUAUAAUCCACACAAUAAUUCAAAUGUCCUAUUGCUGCAGGAUUAUUUUCCUGCUGUGAGAAACUGGUCAAAAUUAAGAUCUUAUAUCUGUACCAGUUUUGAGUAGUUGGUGGUGUUUGUGUGUGUGUACAUGUGUGCGCCCAUAUACAGUAUGUGUGUGUGUGUGUGUGUGUGUGUAGAUGACCAUAAACCCUAACACUCCAGUGUGUUUUACAAAAAUACCCAGAGGCUACCGUAUCACAUAACCCCUGUUCAACGCCAACGGUCACUACAUAUGUCAUGGUUUUGUGCAAUCUGUUAAGCUCCUCUUAACUUUUGAGUGGCCUCUCUCAUUGCUCUAAGUGCAGCCAUUAAUUUUCAUGGUCAGACAUGUUGUGUGGAAUGUACUGGCUAUUUAAAAGCUUUUGUGUGUCUUUAAACCUUGAGUUUCAUUUCAAUAGGAUUUUUUAAAUAUUGGGUUUGAUUUGAUAUCUUGAGAUGAGGUCCUGUAGGCCUACCGUAUGUUACUUGCAGCAAACACUUCUCCUUGCAUACAGUAUAUCAACUGUGUCAAAGUCUGAUUUGACGCUCUCCUUUACAUACACCUGUGUGACAUGAUCGUCUUGCUUAGUGUACUAAUCAGUUUCAGACAAUUAGCCUACAAUAAACAUUUAGCCUACUAUACAGUAUGUCUCCUAUAUUACAUGUGUCAGUUCAUUUGAUCCUUGGGUGAAGAUUUAUUCUGUUAAUCUCAUGUAUUCAUUUUACCUCUCUCUAGAACAGUGCUGCUGAGGGGAAUGUCACUGCAGGACGUUUCUACACAGCAGUUCUUCUGACCCAGCAUGUAGCAGAGGAGAACAAAUCCCUUCACGCCUGGGAACAAUCACACAAGGUAAGGUCAGCUACACCAAGAUGAUGUGAUAAUACAUGAGAUUAUCAUGUUUUAAAGCAGUGUCUGGAAAGUGAGGUAAAGUCUGAAUGGGAAAGAUGUAUAAAAAGAGGAAGGAGGGUCUUGUUCAUUAGGGCACACCGUAGUAUAACAUGUCAAAACGUGAAACCAUGACGAGCAUUUCUUAUUGGACAAGUUCAGAUGGUACCUCCCUAUUUCACUCAAUUUCUGACCAUUUUCUUCAAUUUUAUGCCGAAUGAACAAGACCUAUGUUUUCUCCCAUACGGCCUCCUGGACUUUGCAAGCUUGUCACAGGACCAGACCUUAAUUCUGACCGGGGGUUAGAUUCUUGCAAUAUGACCAUUAUGGCCACCCAGGCUCAGGAAUCUGUAGAAUAAUCUGAGACCAGUUUUCUGGCCAGCUUCCAGUUGCCUCUGAGAAAAUCAAAAUCUCAGUCACUUCACUUCUCCAAACAUGAUUCUGUCACUACCUGAAAACACAGAUCAGACACUAUUUCAUCAUUCAUCAAACAGAAAAACAUCAACUGGAACCACAUCUGAAACCACUCCUGACCAACCCACUUCCUCUAUCUCUCUCCUGCUCCAGCCACAUCCAUUAGGCCACCUUUGCCACGGUGUGGCUUUGUUGUGAUGGAGCAUGUGAGGAAAGGUCUCCUGUGUUCCCCUCUCCACCUCUCCCAUGUGUCAGCUGUGUAAGGUCACGACUUUGACUUCACUGUGUGAGGUUAAGGACAAAUCUGUUCUCUGCUGCUCUGGGCUCUUGGGUUGAUCUGGAAGCCGUCUGGAGCACCUCUUAAGGCAUCAGCAUGCUUUGGUUCAGCUCGGCUAGGCGAACCGAACGAGUGUGCUCGCAUACUCCCUUAAAAGACCUUUGCUUGAAAAAUUAGAAAAAAGCGGCAUAGUACUGUUUGUCCAUUUUGAGACACCGUAGCCAGACUGCCUCAAAAUAGUCCGAAGAUAACUCAAGAAAACUGUAAAUAAUUUUUAUGUUUUUGCCGAGGAGAUCUUAGUUGCCCAGUUCUACAUCUAACUAAGAUGUUUGGUGCAGUAUUUCCCAAGUGGAAAAAUGUGCAUGAAACCGACUUCGGCUACCGACUUCAACUUUAAGUGUGCACGAACAGCCGAAAAAAGACCAAAACUAACAAAACGUCACAAAAUGUUGUCAUGGAUGGGAAGCAUGUGGACGCCUUUAGCCCCCUUUACCAGGCUCCGCCACCUCUUUAAACACCCCUUGGGUAGUUCUCUCUCUAUAUCUUUCUACCUUUCUCCAUCCAUCCACCCGUCAGUGGAGGGAGAAAUACUGUAGCUUCUUUAUGUUAAGCUGCUUAUCUCUGUCAAAGCACAAUCAGGCACCACACUUAAUCUUGUCCUGGUUUUGUCUGCCUUUGUCUGCCUGUGGGAAUGGAGGAAAACAAAAAAAAAAAAGAGAGAGGAGAGAGGCAGGAGGAAGAGGAGAUAUAGAGAGAGAGAGAGUAGAGAGAGAGAAGAAGAGGGAGAGGAGAGAGAGAGAGAGAGAGAGAAGAGGGAGAGAGCCGAGAGAGAGAGAGAGAUAUUCGAGAGAGCUCUCUCUCUCUCUCUCUCUCUAUCUCUGCUAUCUAUCUCUCUAUCUCUCUCUCUCUCUCUCUCUCUCUCUCUCUCUCUCUCCCUCUCUCUCUCUCUCUCCCUCUCGCUCAAGUCAAAGGGCUUUAUUGGCAUGGGAAACAUAUAUGUACAUUGCAUGGGCGGCAGGUAGCUUAGUGGUUAAGAGCGUUGUGCCAGUAACCGAAAGGUCGCUGGUUCUAAUCCCCGAGCUGACUAGGUGAAAAAUCUGUCGAUGUGCCCUUGAGCAAGGCACUUAACCCUAAUUGCUCCUGUAAGUCGCUCUGGAUAAGAGCGUCUGCUAAAUGACAAAAUAAAAAUUGCCAAAGCUGUCUGGCUCUCUCUCUCUCUCAAUUUCAAUUUAAGGGGCUUUAUUGGCAUUGAAAAAAAAGUUUACGUUUCCAAAGCAAGUGAAAUAGAUAAUAAAAAAAAGUGAAAUACACAAUAAAAAAUGAAUAGUAAACACUACACUUACAAAUGUUCCACAAUAAUAAAAACAGUUCAAGUGUCUCGCUCUCUCUUUAUUCUCACUCUCUCUACCCCUCUUCCCUCUGGGUAGGUUCUUGGGGAAUCACCCAGGCUGGAACCUGUUCAGGCAUGGGACAGGGUAGGGAAAGAACAGGAACUUCAUUUUGAAUAAUAGUUCAUUUAAAAGGGUGAAAAAAAGCUUUUGAGUAGAAUCAACAUAGAAACUGAAUAGUGCUUUUGUAUUUGAUUGAGCUCAGUAAAAUAGAUACUCUUGAUUUAAUGAUUAACCCAGUUAAGUCUUGGUUGGUUAUAUUUCAUGAUGGUUACCUUAGGCAAGGGGUAUUUUGUCCAGUGGCAAUUCACCUGUCAAUCAAAUUAGCUGGAUUGGAUGCAACUAGUUUUAUAGAUGUAAAACAUAGAUACAAAUUGGUUAGUUAUAUUUAAAUGUGAUUUGUCUGCAAAUGAUGUAGGUACUAUAGAUAUAAUGUGUAGUCUAUAUUCCUGUCAAUGUCUUUUAUAUUGCAGAUACAGGAUUUUGUUUUGGAAUCGUUUUUUUGAUGGCCAGGCCAUUUAUAAAUCGCUUGGCAUAGUCAAAAUGUAAUAUUGCUAGGCAUAGUGUUAGUCAAAAUACAUGAUAGCACAAAUAAUCUUGCCCCUAAAUAAAACACCUGCACAGACAAUGUGAUGGUUACAGAGUCCUAGCUGUUCCCAAACAGAUGAAGCCUUCAACCUGUGGCUUGACUUGGCUGUUAAUGGCUGCGUUUAUACAACACUACAGCAACACCCGCAAAUGUAGCCCAAGGACAAAAGUAGGGAGGGUUUUUCAGGCCAAGACCAUAUGUUAGCUGGCAAAAAAUGUUCCUUUCUUUUCAGUCCUUUAUAAUUGUAAACCCUGCAAAUGGCUGGGUGAUAUGAAAAGGGCAAUGACCAGAAAAAGGAGAGGAGAGUUAAGGAGAGUUAUUUAAGGAGAGCUAUUUAGUUGGACAGUCUAUAUCAGUCAUUCAAUAUGGGGGUACUUGGCUAUUACCCUUGCCCUGCACUGGUCACUUCUGUUCUAUUUGAACAAGGGCUUUUCACUAAGCUUUCCCCCAUCUCUCCUUACACUCUAUCAGUGCCACCAGGCCACAUUUGUCCGCCUGUCUGUCCAGCUGCCACCUGCUGCCCAACCCCAACCCCAGGCCCACACAGCCGACCUCGGCAGAUGUCUGAAGAGUGGACCAAAGGAGGGGGCAACGGGGCCAGGGUGACAUACAGAAAGCGAGGGAAAGACAUAGAGACAAAAUUAGAAAGAAAUAGGGGAAAGAGAUAAAGACAGAGGGGAAAAAAGGGAAAGAGAGUGAGAGAUUGUGUGUGUGUGUGUGUGUGUGUGUGUGCUUAGAUGCAUCUUCCUAGCAUCUUUAUGACCCCUGGACAUGUAUCGUUUGUAGAUUGGAUUUCUACUCUGAUCUCUAUUACUAAUGGACGUGGAUGGAGCUGAGCCUUGAGUGGAUAGCCGUGCUUUGUUCAUGCUAUACCCUUCUUCUCAUUACAGAUCAUGGGGAAUUCGUACGCAGGGCAGCUGAAAUCUGCUCGCUUCGAGGAGGCCCUCCACAACUCCAUCAAGGCCUCCCUACGCUCCAGCAGUGGAGACCCACAGCCCAUCUUCACCCAGCUAUACCUGGAGCCUGACCAGUAUCCUGGCAACAUGGAUGGUACUUGUCUCUGUCUGCAUGGCUCCAUUCUCUGUCCUUAUCAAGGUCGUUAUGUAUAGAAACAGAACAAAACACUAGCUAUAGCUAGCUGCCUCUUUCAUUAGUGGAUUAUAGAUAACAGAAACACAUGGGAAAAAACAUCUUUCUCUGAUCAUGUUUAAUUAUUCUAAUGAUAACCAGUUGAAUGGGACUUGAGAAUCAGUCAUUACAUUAUACCCACACAGCAAAUCCAUAUAAUCUCACUAAUUUAGUUCUCUUGAAGAGAGGUAGACUUGAACGUGGCCAUGUAAUGUGUUAUGGGUUUGUCCUUCUCUUGAAAAGGGCUUGCAAAGUCUUCAGUCUCCAUCUCCUUGCCUUCCUCUGGCAUCUUUACUCCAAGAUAAUUUAAUGAGUUGUGUGAUGUGGUGUAUUAUGGUGACAUUAUGUCUUACGGGGUCAUUGUGUGUUAUGGGGUCAGAUAUAAAGCCCAAGGUGGACCUGUACCUGCCGUGCGGGGAGCCUACGGGUCAGGAUCUGCUAAACGGCCAGGCCUCUAACGGUCUGGAGGAGCUGGAGGAGGAGGACGACUCUGACACCAGCAGCCCUCCCCUGCCCUACCUACACCAGGGCCCCAUGCCCGACGGCUGCUGCACUAUGGAUGGUAGGCCUAAAAAAAACAUCUCAAACUCCUUUCGCCUUGGGACUUUCCCAGAAGUUGAGAACCCCUGGGAUUCAAAUCCUUGCUAAAAAGCACAUCUUGUACAUUCUGUACCUAGGAACACCACAUGUUUGCAGCAAUUUUCACCUUAGUAUGUUCCAGUGUAACGCAGACAUGUUAUAGAUAUUAUUCAGCAUGUUAACGACAAUAAUACUAAUUCCAGUGAAAGCGACCAUGGUAUGUGUACUGUGUGUUAUUGUUGUGGAUGUUUACUCCUGAGCUGUCUGUUGUUCUCUCUCUUCUCCUCAGGGUUCUGUCAGGCUGGAAAGGACCUCCGUCUGGUCUCCAUGGCGAUGGAACCGAUCGAAGUCCCAGCUGGCUUCGAGCUUGUCGGUGCCAAGUCCUCCAGCGUCCCAGAGCACAUCCUGGUGUGUGCCGUGGACAGGCGGUUUCUGCCUGAUGAGAACGGGAAAAAUGCACUUUUAGGUUAGUCUGUCAUCCCUCUGUGACCUGAUACGAUACAAAGAUCGUGCACAGGUCUGAGUUUCAGGAAAUUGAAUGUUCUUUAGGCCUCUGACGGAGACUGAGUGAAAUGAUGUUCUAUUUGACCUACUUUUAGGUCCAUCUCUCUGACGUGAUAUACUGAGAUAGACAUAUGACUAUUUUACCCUCUCAGCUUGGAUGGGUCAUCGGAAAUGCUGGAUUUUUACCACCCUCCAUACUGUAGCUUGCUACUACUUUUGGUUACUGUUGCAUUCAGCCUUUGAUUAACCUGUGCUGUGGCCUCCUAAUGCAAUAUUGAAUUGAAUGGCUUAUAUUUGCUGUUCAGAAAUGUUUGGCGAUAGAAAUAUUGAUAUAACACUAUAAUGUAUCCAUAUAAUAUGUUCUCUAUGUGUUGUGUGUGCAGGGUUUUCAGGGAACUGUGUUGGCUGUGGGGAGAAGGGGUUCCGGUACUUUACUGAGUUCUCCAACCACAUCAACCUGAAGCUGGCCACACAGCCCAAGAAGCAGAAGCACUUAAAGUACUACCUGGUGAAGAACUCUCAGGGUGCUCUGUGCAAAGGACCCCUCAUCUGCUGGAAAGGUGAGAUGUCUCUCUGACCCUAUCUGCAUUAAUUUCACACACUUUCUGUAACACUUUACAUUGAAUUGCUCUUAUACCUGUGUAGUAACACUGUAAUUACACUAGUAACAUUGUAUGUUUCUACAACGUUACAUGAUGUUGCAUAGUAAUUUAGUAAAUGCAUUAUAAAUGCAUAGUAGCCUAAUGGAGUUGAGCGGUUUUUGUAAUAUCGUUUGUAAUUACUAAAAUAUGGUAUUGGUCUGGGGCUAUAUUAUUUUUAUGACCCAUCAAUAUAUAUACAACAUUGAUAAUUGAUUGAUUCACUGAUAAUAUGUUUCCAACUCUAUUUAAAAAAGUUAAUUGCUCCCCUCCUUUUCCCCAGACUGCAAGACGCGUCAGUUCUCCAGCAGCAGUGUGUCCACCUCCAAGCCCAGCUCCUCAUCCUCCCUGAACAGCAAGGAGAAUGGAGGCACCAACGGACACAGCUCUUCCCCUUUUUCCCUCUCAGGUAGGACACACGCACACCCUCCUCUUCCUCCUUCUCCCUCUCAGGUAGGACACACUCAUGGCAGUCGACUCUGGCUCAGUUUAUAGUGUAGUUAGUGCUCAUUCAGUGUAAGAUCUAAGAGGGAUGAGGCAAAAGGAAUGGCAAAUAAGUCUGGCUGCACAGCCGAUUGGCAAACAAACUGUAAAUUGAGAAAUCAUGUGACUAAACUAAACAAAAAGAAGAAGAAACUGUACUAUGAAUCAAAGAUAAAUUAUAUAAAGGAUGAUAGUAAAAAGCUUUGGAGCACCUUAAAUGAAAUUUUGGGCAAAAAGGCAAACUCAGCUCCAUCAUUCAUUGAAUCAGAUGGUUUAUUCAUCACAAAACCCUCUGAUAUUGCCAACUACUUACAUUUUUUAUUGGCAAGAUUAGCAAACUUGGGCAUGACAAACUCUGAACCUUCAUAUCCAUGCAUACCUGAAAAAAUUAUGAAAGACUAGUAUUGUAAUUUUGAAAAAUGUAUUGUUGUCUAUCAAUAAUGACUGUCACGUUGUAUAAUGAUUAGAAGACAGGCGCAGGAAUAAGUAUUAGUUUUUUUUAUUUCUCCACCCAACACAAUGUAAGUCAUGAAAAACGACGGGGAUGAAUCCCAAAACAAACACGUACAUAUAUAGAACACAGGGAUGUAACACAAUCACAAGAGUGAGGUGUAAACCUCUAAACAAUCCCGUAAUAACAAGAGCGCAUUUCACGGUACUCACGAGACCAACGGACAUGGGACAAUAAUCGACAAGGACAAUGGGGAACAGAGGGCACAUAUAUACACUUACUAAUCAGGGGAAAUUGCAACCAGGUGUGCAUAAUGAGACAAGACAGUCCGGGGUUGGUGGUAAUGAUCCAGGUCAGUGACGCCUAGAAGACGUAGACCUCCGGAGCUGGUGAACGGAAUGAGCAACAGUUCUGAGGGGAUCCGUGACAAUGACAAACCACCUGGUACUGACAACUUGGAUGGAAAAUUACUGAGGAUGGUAGCAGACUAUAUUGCCACUCCUAUAUGCCAUCUCUUCAAUCUAAGCCUACAGGAAAGUGUGUGCGCUCAGGCCUGGAGGGAAACAAAAGUCAUACAGUUACCCAUAAAUAGCAAAGCACCCUUUACUGGUUCAAACAGCCAACCAAUCAGCCUGCUACCGACCGUUAGUAAACUUUUGGAAAAAAUUGUGUUUGACCAGAUACAAUGCUAUUUCACAGUAAACAAAUUAACAACUGACUUUCACCAUCCUUAUAGGGAGGCACACUCAACAUGUACGGCACUAACACAAAUUACUGAUUGGCUGAAAGAAAUUGAUAAUAAUAUGAUUGUGGGAGCUGUUUUGUCAUGCAGCUUUUGACAUGAAAAAACAUAUAUGUGUUAUGGCUUUACAUCCUCUGCCAUAUCGCGAAUCGAGAGUUACCUAUCUAACAGAACACAGAGGGCGUUCUUUAAUGGUUUGGCAUACCUCACGGUAGCUGUCUUGGCCCCUUACUUUUUUCUUUUUUAUCAAUGACCUACCACUAGCAUUGAGUAAAGCCUGCGUGUUUAGGUGCGCUAAUGACUCAACAUUAUAUAGCACAGCAAGUGAAAACACUACUACACUUAACAAAGCGCUGCAGUCAGUUUUAGAAUGGGUGGCAAGUAAUAAACUAGUCCUAAAUAUACAAAUAAAUUAAAGCAUUGUAUUUGGGACAAAUCGUUCACUAAACCCUUAACCCUAAACCUGAUCUAAAUAUUGUAAUGAAUCAUGUGGCAAUUAAACAAGUUGAGGAGACUAAACUGCUUGGUGCAACCCUAGACUGUAAACUGACAUGGUCAAAACAUAUUGAUGCAACGGUAGCUAAGAUGGGGAGAGGUCUGUCCGUGAUAAAGCACUGCUCUGCUUUCUUGACGUCACAAUCAACUAAACAAGUCCUACAGGCCUUAGUUUUAUCACACCUGAACUACUGCACAGUUAUAUGGUCAACUGCCAGAAAAAAGAACAUAAGCAAAUUAAAGUUCUCCCAGAACGGAGCAACACAGUUGUCCCUUAAAUGUACACAGAGGGCUAAUAUCAAUAACAUCUCUCCUGGCUCAAAGGAGAGGAGAGAUUGACUGAAUCACUACUUGUCUUUGUGAAAGGUAUUGACGUGUUGAAAGCACUGAACUGUCUGUUCAAACAUCUAACACACAGCUCAGACACCUAUACACACCCCACAAGACAUGCCACCAGGGGACUCUUCACAGUCCCCAAGUCCAUAACAGACUCUGGGAAACACACAGUACUACAUAGAGCCAUGACUACAUGGAACUGUCUUCCACAUCAAGUAACUCAAGCGAAAAUCAGAUUAAACACACACACACACGCAUACACACAUACACUCACACAGUCUUGCACAGCUAACCUUGUGGGGACAGACAAUUCAGUCCCAUUCAAAAUCCUAUUUUCCCUAACCCCUAACCCUAAUCCUAACCCGUACCCGUACCUGUACCCGUACCCUUACCCUAACCCUAACCCUAACCCUAACCCUAACCCUAACCCUAACCCUAACCUUAAUCCUAACUCUAACCUUAUCUCAAAAACCUAACCUUAACCCUAACCCUAAACCUAAUCCUAGCUCCUAACCCUAAAACUAACCAUAUCUCUUAACCCUAACCCUAAACCUAAUUCUAACCCUAACACUAUUUCUAACCUUAACCCUAAACCCAAUAGAAAUAGCAUUUGACCUUGUGGGGACCAACAAAAUGUCGCCAGUUGGUCAAAUUUAUCUUGGUUUACUAUUCUUGUGGGGACUUCUGUUCCCCACAAGUAUAGUUAAACACGCCUAACACACGCACUCUACACACACACACACACACACACACACACACACACACACACACACACACACACACACAAACUGUAAUGAUGUGGUAUUGUGGUAUUAUGGAUUUUAUAUAAUACAUGUUUAAUAAUAGAGUAAUCAUGUCUUGUAUGAUACAGUGGGGGAAAAAAGUAUUUAGUCAGCCACCAAUUGUGCAAGUUCUCCCACUUAAAAAGAUGAGAGAGGCCUGUAAUUUUCAUCAUAGGUACACGUCAACUAUGACAGACAAAAUGAGGAAAAAAAAUCCUGAAAAUCACAUUGUAGGAUUUUUAAUGAAUUUAUUUGCAAACUAUGGUGGAAAAUAAGUAUGUGGUCAAUAACAAAAGUUUAUCAAUACUUUGUUAUAUACCCUUUGUUGGCAAUGACACAGGUCAAACGUUUUCUGUAAGUCUUCACAAGGUUUUCACACACUGUUGCUGGUAUUUUGGCCCAUUCCUCCAUGCAGAUCUCCUCUAGAGCAGUGAUGUUUUGGGGCUGUCGCUGGGCAACACGGACUUUCAACUCCCUCCAAAGAUUUUCUAUGGGGUUGAGAUCUGGAGACUGGCUAGGCCACUCCAGGACCAUGAAAUGCUUCUUACGAAGCCACUCCUUUGUUGCCCGGGCGGUGUGUUUGGGAUCAUUGUCAUGCUGAAAGACCCAGCCACGUUUCAUCUCCAAUGCCCUUGCUGAUGGAAGGAGGUUUUCACUCAAAAUCUCACGAUACAUGGCCCCAUUCAUUCUUUCCUUUACACGGAUCAGUCGUCCUGGUCCCUUUGCAGAAAAACAGCCCCAAAGCAUGAUGUUUCCACCCCCAUGCUUCACAGUAGGUAUGGUGUUCUUUGGAUGCAACUCAGCAUUCUUUGUCCUCCAAACACGACGAGUUGAGUUUUUACCAAAAAGUUUAUUUUGGUUUCAUCUGACCAUAUGACAUUCUCCCAAUCCUCUUCUGGAUCAUCCAAAUGCACUCUAGCAAACUUCAGACAGGCAUGGACAUGUACUGGCUUAAGCAGGGGGACACGUCUGCACUGCAGGAUUUGAGUCCCUGGCGGCGUAGUGUGUUACUGAUGGUAGGCUUUGUUACUUUGGUCCCAGUUCUCUGCAGGUCAUUCACUAGGUCCCCCUGUGCGGUUGUGGGAUUUUUUUGUGGGAUUUUUGCUCACCGUUCUUGUGAUCAUUUUGACCCCACGGGGUGAGAUCUUGCGUGGAGCCCCAGAUCGAGGGAGAUUAUCAGUGGUCUUGUAUGUCUUCCAUUUCCUAAUAAUUGCUCCCACAGUUGAUUUCUUCAAACCAAGCUGCUUACCUAUUGCAGAUUCAGUCUUCCCAGCCUGGUGCAGGUCUACAAUUUUCUGGUGUCCUUUGACAGCUCUUUGGUCUUGGCCAUAGUGGAGUUUGGAGUGUGACUGUUUGAGGUUGUGGACAGGAGUCUUUUAUACUGAUAACAAGUUCAAACAGGUGCCAUUAAUACAGGUAACAUUUACAUUUACAUUUACGUCAUUUAGCAGACGCUCUUAUCCAGAGCGAUUUACAAAUAGGUGCAUUCACCUUAUAGCCAGUGGGAUAACCACUUUACAAUGUUUUUUUUUUUUUUUUUUUUUAAAUCUUUUAAAUCUUUUUAUAUAUUUUUUUUCUUUCUUUUUUUUUUUGGUGGGGGGGUAAAGGGGGGGGGGGGGGUAGAAGGAUUACUUUAUCCUAUCCCAGGUAUUCCUUAAAGAGGUGGGGUUUCAAAUGUCUCCGGAAGGUGGUGAGUGACACCGCUGUCCUGGCGUCGUGAGGGAGCUUGUUCCACUAUUGGGGUGCCAGAGCAGCGAACAGUUUUGACUGGGCUGAGCGGGAACUAUGCUUCCGCAGAGGUAGGGGAGCCAGCAGGCCAGAGGUGGAUGAACGCAGUGCCCUCGUUUGGGUGUAGGGACUGAUCAGAGCCUGAAGGUACGGAGGUGCCGUUCCCCUCACUGCUCCGUAGGCAAGCACCAUGGACUUGUAGCGGAUGCGAGCUUCAACUGGAAGCCAGUGGAGUGUGCGGAGGAGCGGGGUUAUGUGAGAAAACUUGGGAAGGUUGAACACCAGACGGGCUGCGGCAUUCUGGAUGAGUUGUAGGGGUUUAAUGGCACAGGCAGGGAGCCCAGCCAACAGCGAGUUGCAGUAAUCCAGACGGGAGAUGACAAGUGCCUGGAUUAGGACCUGUGCCGCUUCCUGUGUAACGCAGGGUCGUACUCUCCGAAUGUUGUAGAGCAUGAACCUACAGGAUCGGGUCACCGCCUUGAUGUUAGCGGAGAACAACAAGGUGUUGUCCAGGGUCACGCCAAGGCUCUUCACACUCUGGGAGGAGGACACAACGGAGUUGUCAACCGUGAUGGCGAGAUCAUGGAACGGGCAGUCCUUCCCAGGGAGGAAGAGCAGCUCCGUCUUGCCGAGGUUCAGCUUGAGGUGGUGAUCCGUCAUCCAUACUGAUAUGUCUGCCAGACAUGCAGAGAUGCGAUUCGCCACCUGGUCAUCAGAAGGGGGAAAGGAGAAGAUUAGUUGUGUGUCGUCAGCGUAGCAAUGAUAGGAGAGGCCAUGUGAGGAUAUGACAGAGCCAAGUGACUUGGUGUAUAGCGAGAAUAGGAGAGGGCCUAGAACUGAGCCCUGGGGGACACCAGUGGUGAGAGCACGUGGUGUGGAGACAGCUUCUCGCCACGCCACAUGGUAGGAGCGACCGGUCAGGUAGGACGCAAUCCAAGAGUGAGCCGCGCCGGAGAUGCCCAGCUCGGAGAGGGUGGAGAGGAGGAUCUGAUGGUUCACAGUAUCAAAGGCAGCAGACAGGUCUAGAAGGACAAGAGCAGAGGAGAGAGAGUUAGCUUUAGCAGUGCGGAGAGCCUCUGUGACACAGAGAAGAGCAGUCUCAGUUGAAUGACCAGUCUUGAAACCUGACUGGUUUGGAUCAAGAAGGUCAUUCUGAGAGAGAUAGCAAGAGAGUUGGCUAAAGACGGCACGCUCAAUAGUUUUGGAAAGAAAAGAAAGAAGGGAUACUGGUCUGUAGUUGUUGACAUCAGAGGGAUCGAGUGUUGGUUUUUUGAGAAGGGGUGCAACUCUCGCUCUCUUGAAGACGGAAGGGACAUAGCCAGCGGUCAAGGAUGAGUUGAUCAACAAGGUGAGGUAAGGGAGAAGGUCACCAGAGAUGGCCUGGAGAAGAGAGGAGGGGAUAGGGUCAAGCGGGCAGGUUGUUGGGCGGCCUGCCGUCACAAGUCGCAAGAUUUUAUCUGGAGAGAGAGGGGAGAAAGAAGUCAAAGCAUAGGGUAGGGCAGUGUGAGCAGGACCAGCAGUGUCAUUUGACUUAACAAACGAGGAUCGGAUGUCGUCAACCUUCUUUUCAAAAUGGUUGACGAAGUCAUCCACAGAGAGGGAGGGGGGGGGGAUUCAGCAGGGAGGAGAAUGUGGCAAAGAGCUUCCUAGGGUUAGAGGCGGAUGCUUGGAAUUUAGAGUGGUAGAAAGUGGCCUUAGCAGCAGAAACAGAUGAAGAAAAUGUAGAGAGGAGGGAGUGAAAAGAUGCCAGGUCAGCAGGGAGUCUAGUUUUCUUCCAUUUCCGCUCAGCUGCCCGGAGCUCUGUUCUGUGAGCUCGCAAUGAGUCAUCAAGCCAUGGAGCUGGAGGGGAGGACCGAGCCGGCCGGGAGGAUAGGGGACAUAGAGAGUCAAAGGAUGCAGAAAGGGAGGAGAGGAGGGUUGAGGAGGCAGAAUCAGGAGAUUGGAGGGAGAAGGACUGAGCAGAGGGAAGAGAUGAUAGGUUGGAAGAGGAGAGAGCAGCGGGAGAGAGAGAGCGAAGGUUGCGACGGCGCAUUACCAUCUGUGUAGGGGCAGAGUGAGUAGUGUUGGAGGAGAGAGAGAGAGAAAAGGAUACAAAGUAGUGGUCGGAGACUUGGAGGGGAGUUGCAGUGAGAUUAGUAGAAGAACAGCAUCUAGUAAAGAUGAGGUCAAGCGUAUUGCCUGCCUUGUGAGUAGGGGGGGACGGUGAGAGGGUGAGGUCAAAAGAGGAGAGGAGUGGAAAGAAGGAGGCAGAGAGAAAUGAGUCAAAUGUAGACGUAGGGAGGUUGAAAUCCCCCAGAACUGUGAGGGGUGAGCCAUCCUCAGGAAAGGAACUUAUCAAGGCGUCAAGCUCAUUGAUGAACUCUCCAAGGGAACCUGGAGGGCGAUAGAUGACAAGGAGAUUAAGCUUAAAUGGGCUAGUGACUGUGACAGCAUGGAAUUCAAAUGAGGAGAUAGACAGAUGGGUCAGGGGAAAAAUUGAGAAUGUCCACUUGGGAGAGAUUAGGAUUCCUGUGCCACCACCCCGCUGACCAGAUGCUCUCGGGGUAUGCGAGAACACAUGGUCAGACGAGGAGAGAGCAGCAGGAGUAGCAGUGUUUUCAGUGGUAAUCCAUGUUUCCGUCAGCGCCAAGAAGUCGAGGGACUGGAGGGUAGCAUAGGCUGGGAUGAAGUCUGCCUUGUUGGCAGCAGAACGGCAGUUCCAGAGGCUGCCUGAGACCUGGAACUCCACGUGGGUCGUGCGUGCAGGGACCACCAAGUUAGAGAGGCAGCAGCCACGCGGUGUGAGGCGUUUGUGUAGCCUGUGCGGAGAGGAGAGAACAGGGAUAGGCAGAGGCAUAGUUGACAGGCUGCAGCAGAUGGCUACAAUAAUGCAGAGGAGAUCGGAAUAAAAUGAACUAAACAUCUGGGAAAGGAGAGAGCGGGGCCUCCCUCACCACAACUCCCAAAUAUAACUCUCCCAACUUCCACCUCAGAAACUAUAAUUGUUGUAAACUACAGCGGUUCAAUGUUUUCUAGGAAUAGACUAACCUAGUUUAUUCAGCUAGCUAACUAGGUGCAGUAUUAUUCCGUGAAAAACGUCCGGGCACCUCGUCAUAAGACGCCACAGCCAGCUAGCAUGCCGGUCUCCAACAGCAGGGUUUAGCGCCAAUACUCAGCCACAACAACCACCAGUGUAUCAACACGGAAGCAGAUCGUUCGUGUCCAACGUUGUGGGUAAGUCCCGACAGCUUGAGCGAGUCCGUCGUCAACUUAUUCAGCCAGUUAGUUAGCUAGAAUAGUUAGCAAACUAGCUAGCCAUUGCUUUCAGACAAAGAAGAACCCCCUCCUCUCACGGCACGAACACACAGAGAGAGCCAAACUAACGUUAACUAGUCACCCAUGUCCCGAAUUCCUUGAGCGACUCGGGCUAUCAAUAUGUAAAAAACAAAACACAAGUGUAGGUUAUGACUUACCCCUAGCAGCUACUGUUAGCUAGCCAAGUGCAAAGCUAGCCACUGUGGUAACUUUGCGAGUGGUAACGAGUGGAGGACAGAGGAGCCUCUUAAAGAAGAAGUUACAGGUCUGUGAGAGCCAGAAAUCUUGCUUGUUUGUAGGUGACCAAAUACUUAUUUUCCACCAUAAUUUGCAAAUACAUUCAUUAAAAAUCCUACAAUGUGAUUUUCUGGAUUUUUUUUUCUCAAUUUGUCUGUCAUAGUUGACGUGUACCUAUGAUGAAAAUUACAGGCCUCUCUCAUCUUUUUAAGUGGGAGAACUUGCACAAUUGGUGGCUGACUAAAUACUUUUUUCCCCCACUGUUUAUUGUUUUAUUUAUGAUGUAGGCCAGGGUUGCCCAACCAACCCUGUUGCUGGAGAGCUACCCUCCUGUAGGUUUUCGCUCCAACCCCAGGUGUUACUAACCUGAUUCAUCUUAUCAACCUGCUAAUUAUUAGAAUCAGGUGUGCUAGAUUAGGGUUGGAGCAAAAACCUACAGGACGGUAGCUCUCCAGGAACAGGGUUGGGCAGUCCUGAUGUAGGCUGUCAUUGUGUUUUGCUGUGAUGUAGAGUAGCUGCUACUUUGGCAGCAGCUAAUGGGGAUCCUAAUAAAUACUAAAUACUAAACUACUAAACCUGAUGUGUUAGCUGUGCUGAUACACGCUAUUGGCAUAACUUCAGUGUCCUAUCUCCUGACAUCAACCUUGAGCUACAUCCUGCUCCCAGUGAGGUCAUCACGUUCUGUCAGGGAAGGGUAGAGCUUUGACACAACACCCCCUCUCCUCUCCCUCACCUCCUCUCCCAUCCCUCCCUCCUCUGACCAAGAUGACAUCUGGCUUGAGUGGAGAGUGUCUGUGUUUGUUUACGAAGCAUUGUUUGGUUAAAGGGGACUGUUAUGGUCAACUUGUUCUGAUGGAAAAAUUGGAUUGAGUCAUUAUUGUUGAUUUGUUCGUUUUGUUUGGAGAGAUUUUGGCUAAGGCAAUUUUACAGGAUCCAACACCCACCCUGUGUUCUUAUUACCCUCCAGACUCCCCACCUACUAGGACUCCCUCUGCCGCCUCUGUGUUCUUCUCAGCCCAGGACCUGGCCCGAGACUGCAGCUUCCUCAAGCCUCUGGCCUCUACCUCUGGGGGCAAGACUCUACCAAUAGGUACAGCUCUUCUUCUACAGUUCUUCUACCACCACUGUUUCUGGAUGACAAUGUAUUAAUCUACUGUAUGUGUAAUCAAAUCUCCAUCAUAUAGUCAUCGUUCCCUCACAACGUCAGCUUUAAAGUGUUUUACACCAUGGUACAUUAUACAUCAAUAAUAUUCAGUAACAUUAUGCAGACUGCCACAUGUGUAAUAAGCUUUAGCCCAGGUAUUUCUAAGGAAAUAGGCCCAGCAAUCACUUCUGCUAUGUGCCCUGGUCUGAGUAGGAGAAGGACCAGUUGCCUAGAAACAGGUUUGCUUACAUGGCCAAGCAUAGGCCAGAUGGAGCUGUGGAGUGUAGAUUAGCCUCUUCUACUGACUGGAGACACACACGUGUGUGCACACACACACACACGCAUCAAUACUGAGCAGAAAAUCCCUGUAAUGACUUUAAGACCUGGCUAUCCAUUCGCUAGUUUACAAGGUUGCAAGAUUGACAGGCCUAGCCUACACAUACCAAUCAAUGUGUUAGCGUAAAUGCACACACAGUGAAUCUGAGAUUGGAAAGUGCCCCAUCAGUUCAUUGGCAAUAGGAAAUCAAUAGCUCAGUGUUAGGCGGGCCUAAAUCAUUCUUAUAUAUUGUUCAGUCUCUAUAUUAGGAAGAUAUAUUUCAGGACAAUUGGUUUUAUUUUGUAAUUAUCAAAUAUAUAUAUAAUAAUACAUGCGUUUAUUGUAUUUGUUUACUAUGAAGAUAAACAUGCACCUCACGUAUGGCAUCUCUCAAAAGACUGCCAAAACAUUACCUUACGAAAGUAAAUGAUUGUGUCGAAUCAUCUGAAAAUGAAUUGUGGUGAAAUGAAUCAAUAAUGUAUGGUGUAUCUGUCUGUGUGUCUGUGCAGUACCCACGGCUUUAAGAGUGAACGGGCCGCCCAACGGACUGGGUGCAGACAGCCACCCCCCUUUAUUGAGCCCCUCCCAGGUGUCUCUGGGACCCCAGGGACAGGGGUACAGAACCUCCGACCUAGGAGACAACCCUGGUGAGCGCCACGUUCUCCUCCCUAACCUCUGUGACUUUAAACAUACACAGGAAAUGUAUGCUUGUUGUUUUCCUAUUAUGGGUGAUUUACAAUACAUCUUUACUAUUCUGAUCUCAAUUUAGCGUUUCUCUGUACCUGCUUUUCAUUACAGAUCUUGAUUUCUAAAAUAUGAAGUAGAACAUAGUAUAAUUAUUGCAAUAAGGAUAUGACCCAGAUGCAGACACAGGAGGCGGACAGUUUGAAUCUCAGAUAUUUCUUUUAAAACGGGGCUCAAGGGCAGGCAGAGAUCAGUAAUCCAAGGCAGAGUCAAUCAGGGACAGAACGCCAGGCAGGCUCAGGGUCAGGGCAGGCAGAAUGGUCAGAACCGGGAAGACUAAAAAACAAAUAUUGAGAAACAGGAAAAAUGGGAAACACGCUGGAAACAGAAGACAAAGGGCUAUGAGACAGAGGUUUAAUCCUAGACACAUGAAAAGUGGGAUGUACAGUGGCUUGCGAAAGUAUUCACCCCCCUUGGCAUUUUUCCUAUUUUGUUGCCUUACAACCUGGAAUUAAAAUUGAUUUUUGGGGGGGUUGUAUCAUUUGAUUUACACAACAUGCCUACCACUUUGAAGAUGCAAAAUAUUUUUUAUUGUGAAACAAACAAGAAAUAAGAAAAACUUGAGCAUGCAUAACUAUUCACCCCCCCCCCCUGUCUCUAUAAGCUUGGCACAUCUAGCCACUGGGAUUUUUGCCCAUUCUUCAAGGCAAAACUGCUCCAGCUCUUUCAAGUUGGAUGGGUUCCGCUGGUGUACACCAAUCUUUAAGUCAUACCACAGAUUCUCAAUUGGAUUGAGGUCUGGGCUUUGACUAGGCCAUUCCAAGACAUUUAAAUGUUUCCCCUUAAACCACUCAAGUGUUGCUUUAGCAGUAUGCUUAGGGUCAUUGUCCUGCUGGAAGGUAAACCUCCGUCUCAGUCUCAAAUCUCUGGAAGACUGAAACAGGUUUCCCUCAAGAAUUUCCCUGUAUUUAGCGCCAUCCAUCAUUCCUUCAAUUCUGACCAGUUUCCCAGUCCCUGCCUAUGAAAAACAUCCCCACAGCAUGAUGCUGCCACCACCAUGCUUCACUGUGGGGAUGGUGUUUUCGGUGUGAUGAGAGGUGUUGGGUUUGCGACAGCAUAGCAUUUUCCUUGAUGGCCAAAAACCUCAAUUUUAGUCUCAUCUGACCAGAGUACCUUCUUCCAUAUGUUUGGGGAGUCUCCCACAUGCCUUUUGGCAAACAUCAAACGUGUUUGCUUAUUUUUUUCUUUAAGCAAUGGCUUUUUUCUGGCCACUCUUCCGUAAAGCCCAGCUCUGUGGUGUGUACGGCUUAAUGUGGUCCUAUGGACAGAUACUCCAAUCUCCGCUGUUGAGCUUUGCAGCUCCUUCAGGGUUAUCUUUGGUCUCUUUGUUGUCUCUCUGAUUAAUGCCCUCCUUGCCUUAUUCGUGAGUUUAGGUGGGCGGCCCACUCUUGGCAGGUUUGUUGUGGUGCCAUAUUCCUUCCAUGUUUUAAUAAUGGAUUUAAUGGUGCUCCGUGGGAUGUUCAAAGUUUGAGAUGUUUUUUUAUAACCCAAUCCUGAUCUGUACUUCUCCACAACUUUGUCUCUGACCUGUUUGGAGAGCUCCUUGGUCUUCAUGGUGUCGCUUGCUUGGUGGUGCCCCUUGCUUAGUGGUGUUGCAGACUCUGGCGCCUUUCAGAACAGGUGUAUAUAUACUGAGAUCAUGUGACAGAUCAUGUGACACUUAGACUGCACACAGUUGGACUUUAUUUAACUAAUUAUGUGACAUCUGAAGGUAAUUGAUUGCACCAGAUCUUAUUUAGGGGCUUCAUAGCAAAUGGGGUGAAUACAUAUGCACGCACCACUUUUCCAUUAUUUAUUUGUUCAAAUUUUUUGAAACAAGUUAGAUUUUACAUUUCACUUCACCAAUUUGGACUAUUUUGUGUAUGUCCAUUACAUGAAAUCCAAAUAAAAAUCAAUUUAAAUUACAGGUUGUAAUGCAACAAAAUAGGAAAAACGCUAAGGGGGGUGAAUACUUUUGCAAGGCACUGUAUACGGAUGGUGCGGGGCAACAGAAGAUGAACAGCAGAGGGGCUAAGGAUUUUAGAGAUGGGGAAAGGGCUGAUAAAACGGGGGGCAAGUUUGUGGGACUUCACCCAGAGGGGCAGAUCCCGAGUGGACAGCCAUACCCUCCGACCUAGACAAUAACGGGGAGCCGGGGUCCUGUGGUGGUCCGCCUGUUGCCGAUAUCUGGAGGUGGUCUUGGGAAGAGGACCCAAUGAGGGUGCAGAAUGCCUUCCAGAACCGGGAAGAAAACUGAGGACCGCAAUCGGAGACCAUGUCGACCGGAAGUCCAUGGAAUCCAGAAGACUUGCUGCACCAUGAGCUGGGCCGUCUCCUUGGCUGAGUGCAACUCAGGAAGGGGAAUAAAAUGGGCAGCUUUGGAAAAUCUUUCCACCACCGUUAGGAUGGCGGUGUUGCCAUCUGACAGAGGGAGACCAGUGAUGAAGUCCAGGGAUAUGUAUAGAUCAGGGGCGGUGAGGAACAGGGAGUAGUUGAAGGAGGCCAGCUGGAGCUUGCUGCGGAGUCUUAUUCUGCGCACACACAGUGCAGGCGGCGACAAACUUGGAGACGUCAGGAACCAUGGUGGGCCACCAAAAACAUUGCCGGACGAAAGCCAAGGUCCAACGGGAGCCAGAAUGGCAGGUGAGUCUCGAGGAAUGUGCCCAUUCCAGGACCAGAGAACGGGCAGAGUCCAGGACAAACAUCCGGUUAGCCAGGGAUGCAGCUUUUGGUCCUGGGAAGAACGCUGGGACAGGAUGGCCCCCACUCCGACGUCUGAGGCGUCGACCUCUACCACGAACUGACAGGACAGGUAUGGAUGGAUUAAGAUGGGAGUUGUAGUGAAUCGAUGCUUGAGGUCCGAGAACGCCCGGUCAGCUGCUGGAGAUCACAUGAAAGGAACCUUGGGAGAGGUGUGCUGAGAGGGGGGAAGCCAGGGUGCUGUAACGCCGGAUGAAGCGGCGGUAGAAAUUAGCAAACUCCAGAAAACUUUGCAGCUGCACUCUGGAUGUGGGUUGAGGCCAAUCCACCACUGCUUUCACCUUGCCAGAAUCCAUCUGAAUAUUUCCUGCAGCAAUGACGUAUCCUAGGAAGGAGAUGGUGGAGCAAUGGAAUUCACAUUUCUCUGCUUUAACAAAAGGCUAGUUCUCCAGGAGACACUGGAGAACCUGUCGGACGUGCUCUUGAGCUGACCGGGAAAAAAACGAGGACAUCGUCGAGGUAGACAAACAUGAACCGGUUCAACAUGUCAAGGAGCACAUCGUUGACCAGGGCCUGGAACACUGUGGAAGCGUUGGUUAGUCUGAAUGACAUCACAAGGUACUCUUAGAGCCCGCUAGCCAUGUUAAAGGCUGUCUUCCAUUCGUCUCCUUCCCAUAUCCGAACCAGAUGGUAGGCGUUCCGAAGGUCCAACUUUGAGAAGAUGGUAGUCGCCUGGUUAGGCUCAAAAGCAGAGGAGAUGAGUGGUAUCGGGUAACGGUUUUUAACCGUGAUAUCAUUAAGGCCCCGGUAGUCGAUACACGGACACAGGGUUUUGUCCUUUUUCUCCACAAAGAACUCUGUGCCGGCGGGGGAGGCAGAUGGACGAAUACUCCCUGCUGUAAGAGAGUCCCCAAUGUACCUUUCCAUAGACUUUGUCUCCGGACCCAACAGGGAAUAAAUCCACCCCAGAGGCGGUGUUGUGCCAGGGAGAAGGUUGAUAGCGCAGUCGUAGGGAGGAAGAGGAGGAAGAGAUGUGGCGCGAGCCUUGUUGAAAACCUCCUGGAGGUCCUGGUACUCCGCGGGAAUGGCGGAGAGAUCCAAGGCUUUUCCCAAGCCUGCAGAAAGACGGUCCAGGGCAGGCUGCGCUGACUUCAGACAAUGCGUGUGGCAGAACGGGCUCCAACCCAUGAUAGAUCCAGUAUCCCAGUCGAUCAGGGGAUUGUGCCUCUGGAGCCAUGAAAACCCCAAAACCCCGGGUACGUAAGGUGAUUUGAUGAGCAGGAACUGCGUAGACUCACUGUGAUUACCUGACACUCGCAGGUUGAUAGGAACCGUAUUGUGGGUAACUCUGCCAAUAGAACGCCCUUCCAGUGCAGUGACGUUGAUGGGAAUGAGAGGGGUGGGGAUACCCAGCUCCAACACUAGGGUAGUGUCCAUAAAACUCUCGUCAGCCCCAGAGUCAAUGAGCACCCGGAGAGAUUUGGACCAGUCACCCCACAGCAGGAUGGCAUGAAGAGGGGUACGAGUAAGGGGAGAUUAGAAACUCCCCGUACGGCUCACCAGCGUACUCGUACCUACUGAUGAGCCUGGUCUUUUAAUGGACAGGUAGAUAUGUAAUGUCCUGUAGUACCACAAUACAGACAGCUCUUGACGCUCAGUCUGCGCAGGUGUUCAACAGGAGACAAUCUAGCCCUGCCCAGUUGCAUGGGCUCUGGAGGAAACGAGUCGACUGCCUUCGGUGAUUCCAGAGGGAACUCCGGUGACAUCGGAUUCUUCCGGCAAUGUAGACUUCGGGAAUUUCCGGGAUUCCUCGGAGGCGAGGUGGGAAUCGUGGAUGAGCAAGUGUGACCGGGAACAGACCUCCUCUGUCCAUCGAUCUGUAUGGUCAAGGCUAUGAGCGAUUAGAGGUCCAUGGGCAGUUCCUGGGCUGCGAGCUCGUCUUUAACCACUUCUGAUAAUCCAUGAAAGAACAUGUCGAACAGGGAUUCCGGGUUCCAGGCACUCGUGGCAGCAAAAGUGCGUAAAUCCCCCACGAAGUCUGCCACAAUACGGAAGUAGCUUCCGAGCAGCCUCUCUCCCGGACAACGGAGAAUCGAACACCUUUCUUACCUCCGCCACGAACUCAUCCAGACUGAGGCAAACGGUGGAUUGUUGGUCCCACACCAUCAUAGCUCAGGCGAGUGCUCUCCCGGACAUGAGCGUUAUCAGGUAUGCUAUCUUCGAGCGAUCCGAGGGAAAUGAAGAAGGCUGGAGCUCGAUGAUGAGGGAGCACUGGGAGAGAAACGCCCGGCAGGUUCCUGGAUCUCCAGCAUAGCGCUCCGGAGGUGGUAAGUGGGGUUAACAGGAAGCCGGGGUAGGCUGGGGAGAAACGCCGCUGGUAGCGGGGUUACUGAGAGUCUGGGAGGUUACAGUAGUGGCUUGCUGCCUAAUAGAUAAUCUGUGGAAUAGCUCCAGUAAUGCAUUGAAAGCAUGGUCAUGGUGUUCCGCCGAUGUCUGGAGUCUUUCCAUAAGGCUUUGAAGGAACUCCUCGUGUCUUCCAAUGGUGGCUCCUUGGAAGGAGACAGCGUUGCGGAGCUGGUCCGAGUCUGCUGGGUCAGUCAUGGCCAGUUCGUACUAUCAGAUAUUUAUUAUAAAACGGGGAAUGGCAAACGGCAGGUCAAGGACAGGCAGAGGUCAAUAAUCCAAGGCAGAGUCAAUCAGAGACAGAACGGCAGGCAGAAUGGUCAGAACCGGGAAGACUAAAAAACUAAACUUGGGAAACAUGCUGGAAUGACCUGACAAGACGAACUGGCACAGACAAACAGAAAACGCAGGUAUAAAUACACAGGAGAUAAUGGGGACAAAUGGGAGACACCUGGUGGGGGGUGGAGACAAGCACAAGACACGUGAAACAGAUCAGGGUGCAGUGGCGGCUCCUGAAAAAAUUCUCAGGGGGGGCAAUUUUUCUGAUGAUUUAGGUGACCUACACACAUUUUAAAAAAGAUAUGUCCAGCAACAACAUGAAGACAGGGGCAGCAUAUAAGUCAAUACCAGAAGCAUUUAUUGACUGAUCUCAAAAGUGUUGGCUUACCAGGGUUGGUGGAGCCCUCAGUUUCAUCUUUGCCUCGCAAAGCUAACUCAAACACUCCGCAAAACUUCACACACUGGAUUAGCCGGCUGAGGAUGUGGCGGUUCUUGCUAAUGUCGUAGUAAAUAUAUUUGUUAUAGUGAAUAUGGAAUAUGAUAUGUUGAGUAAAAUGUUGUGCUAAGAUCUAUUUAGGUCAGGAGCUGGUUAUAAGUUCUGUUCCUAUCCAAUAACAAUGGACAAAAGGGUCCUAUCUUGUCAGCCUUGUCAGCAGGUGGCCAAGGACAACACCCACGCCAUAGGCCUCUCAGUUCUUCCAACUCACGAGUUCUUGCUCUGAGGACACACACACACACACACACAAACACACACACACACACAUCAUCACUGUUAAACACACACACACACACACACACACACACACACACACAUCAUCAUCACUGUUAAACACACACACACACACACACACACAAAAAUCCCCUCUCUUAGGCUGAACAUUUGAAGACAGAGAACCCGACUCAGAGCCAAUGCAACAGUGACAGUAGCCUGGAGGGGACCUCGCCCAACUCAUCAGGACCAAUCAGAAGAUCAGAACUACUAGAUUCAACCUACUUCAUUUAUUGCAUAAAAUGUCUGCACACAAUGUUUCGGGGCUUUCUUCAGAUAAUAAUAAUAAUAAUAAUAAUAUGCCAUUUAGCAGACGCUUUUAUCCAAAGCGACUUACAGUCAUGCGUGCAUACAUUUUUGUGUAUGGGUGGUCCCGGGGAUCGAACCCACUACCUUGGCGUUACAAGCGCCGUGCUCUACCAGCUGAGCUACAGAAAGUGGAUACUCAUGGAUGCGCAUCGCAAUUGUAAAAUGUCAACACAAUUGGAGACACCACGUCAUUUUUGGAGACAUGUUAUUGACAGUAAACUAUUGUAGAUGCGACUGCUAACUAAAUAAAACAUUUUAGCUGGCUAGCUAAUCAUCUUAGCUAAAUGUGGGGCAAACAAUUCAGUUAUUUACCGUUAAUUUGAGGGAUUGGGGUGAAAGAAAUCGAGUUACAUAGUGAUACUUUACGAUAUACUGUAUUGACAAUAUCGCAAUAUUUUAGCGCUAGUUGGCUGUACCUGCACCAAAACACCAUUAUUGUUCCUUCAUAGCUUGUUCUCAAUCUUUUCACAUUGGGAGCCAAUUUGUUUUCAGCACUUUUAUUUCCAUGACUGAUCAAAACUCGUUCUCAUGGCUUUCUGAUCCCUCUGCAACAGACAUAUGGUGCGCAAUAAAAUCACAGUAUCGAAUCGCAAUACGUAUAGAAUCAUGAGACUCGCAAUGCAUAUAUCUUAUCGUGAGGUUCCUGGCAAUUCCCAGCCCAAGUUCAUUUGCCACAACAAAUCUCUUCGCUAGCAAACGCGAUGUCUUCUCCAAAACGGCAAUGUGUCUCCAGCAAUGUUUACUUUUUGACGUUCUAUGGCAUCUCCACUUUCCAAGCAUAUAUGACCACAUGUAAUAUUUUGGUAAGUGAUGCAAAUAGUGAACUAUGUAGGGCCAGGAUGUAAAAUAUAUGUAGCUGCAGCAAUUUCUCUUAUCUGAUAUGGUAAGUAAUGGGGCUUAAUGUAUAGCUCCCUAAGAGUUUGACGAACGGGUCCGUGCACGCGAUUCCAGAUAUCUUUACCUCUGAAUAAACUGCCUUUAUUAUACCAUAUCCACCCUGUCCAAAGUCUCUACUUGGUCUCAGUUCUCCAGUAAACUUGUGAUUAUCAACACUAACCUCAUCGUUGUGGCGGCGGACAGCUAGCCUGUAUCCCUCAUCCAGUUGAGUGGCAAUGUUAUUUUUUCGUUCGUACCAAUUUUUGGAAAAUCCUCGGGUGUAGGACUUUCCGCCUUUAGUAGAAACCUGUUGAAUUAUUAAAUUUGGUCUGGGAGGUCCUAAUUGUUUCGUUGCCAAUUUAUCUUCAUUUGUUCGCCGACAAAAAGGAACUUCUUUCAAAGACACAAUCCGCUCUUUUCUUAGUUACGUUCAUGGUUACGUUACGUAUGACGAAAGCGCGUAAGUGCAAGAGAUUGUAUUGAAAGCUCUGAAAUUUGAAAAAAAUAGAUUUUACAUGGGAGUCUAUGACAGACUUCUGGGCGAUUUUCAACCUGACUGAAAUCGCCCCAAAAGGGGGGGGAGCCAUUUGAAGCACGACUUUAGCCUGAUUGGACAUUACAACACUGAUAACUACUGUUGCCGUGAUAUAAUUGAUUAGAAAAAAAAUCCCUUCCUUUUCCCGUUUGGCAGUGCGUCGCCCAUAUCGCCCUAUUGAACACACCGCCCCUGUCAGGGUGUGACAAUAAUUGCUCAUAGGUUGCCAUUGUAGAAACCCUGUGAAUUAUUUUGAAAACCCAGACUCAGACAAUUCAGACCGUUUUGAGAACCUAGACCCAUAUUCUGCAGUUACAACAUUAAUGAAAUCUCAUGUUUCUCUUGUAUUGUUUUCUGUCCAGUUUCCUCUGCAAUGAUCUCAGGCCCGCCCAAGAAGCGCCACCGCGGUUGGCACCCUAACCCCCUGGUGCCAGUCCCCCCUACAGCCGUCCCUGUGCCCGCCAUCCGACCCAUCGUCUGCUCCCCAGGUCUGGCACAGAGCUUUUGAUAUUUUUUUAUUGUUUAUUUACAUAAGGACAGAUUAAUUUACAACAUUGAUACACUGAAAAGGCAACAGUUCGAUUCAUUGCACCAUCACACCAUAGCUUAUGCUAACGUCCAGAGCGUUGAUGGCUCUAAAGCACUCUAUGUCCUGAAUAGAUACAGCCCUAAGAUAAUAGCCUUAGUAGACUUUGUGUCAAGCUUCAAAAUGUUAUGCACCACCUACUCUCUUAGAAAAAAAGGUAAUAUCUAGAACCUAAAAGGGUUAUUUGGCUGUCCCCAUAGGAGAACCCUUUGAAGAACCAUUUUUGUUCCAGGUAAAACCCCUUUAGUUCCAGAUAAACCCUUUAAGGUUCAAUGUAGAACCAUUUCCACAAAGGUUUCUACAUGGAACCCAAAAGGGUUCUACCUGGAACAGAAAAGGGUUCUCCUAUGGGGACAGUCGAAUAACCUUUUUGGAACAAUUUUUUUAAAGAGUGUACUGUAGCCCCAGUCAUUGUGAAAGUAUGUGUAUGUAUGUGUGUGUGUGUGUGUGUGUGUGUGUGUGUGUGUUUGAGUGUGCGUGUUAGAUCUGAUGUUGAUUAGUACAUUAACCUUGGUUUUAGGGAGAAGGAAGGACAAAAGGUCCAUGCCAUUCUCUGUUGUCAGGGGUGAUUCAUUCAGCAUCUCCAGGGAGAUAAGGUCAGACCGGUUAGUGCAGAUCUGAGCAGAAGCUGAAGGAGUGGGUACAGAUUAUAUUUUAGAAUUAGAAAGGUCCUGAUUUCCAGGAUCUGCUUGAUGUGCAGCUGUAUUGUAUCACAGUAUUGACAUGGUGUGUCUGUAUUUCUGAACAGGCUCUGUGCUGGCCAUGCCCACUCCUCAGCUGCCUGUAGCAGGGGUCCUUCAGCCCCAACCCCUCACUGCUGGAGAGACUGUCAUCGUCCCUGACAACCUGCUCAACACCUCAGGAGUCCGGCCUGUUAUCCUCAUCGGUAAAUACUCAUCAUAAAGCUGUAAUCUCAAUGUAAAAAGACACGUGUACUGUACCAGUAUAUGAUUUAGAGAAAAGAAAUAAAGACACACUCUAUUUUACUCCCAAUGAUUUAAUGAACCAACAUUUCAGGACACAGUGCCUUCCUCAGGGUAUAUGAUUGACUGACUGCUUCUGGGGUUUGGUUUGCAGGGCACGGCACAUUACCAUACUUCUAUGGGAACGUGGGGGACAUUGUGGUGAGCCCCCUGCUGGUGAGCUGCUAUAAGGGCAACCAGUUGACUGAGAAGACACUGGCCAGCCUGGGACUGACUGGCAGCCAACUACUCAGUGUGGAGACCAUGAUCCUCCUCACCCUGCAGUACCUUGCACGGCUAGGUAAAGGCCUCAAAAGACUCAUGCGCGUGCACACACAUGCAUGCAUACACACGUAUAUAUGCACAUAUGUGCAGGCACACAGACACUCACACACUCUCACACACACACUUACACGCACACACCCUGUUAGAUAUGAAAGGCUUAUUUAAAAUGUUUAAUCAGACAUUGAGGAUAAUGGUUGAGAGGCUGAGCUAAGCCAAGGCCUGGUUGUUUUAAAGUUUGGUAACACUGAUGAGGUAGUUGGUAGUCCUCCCCCAUUGUAAUUCAAAGUGCUCCUUUACUGCUGCUGCUCCACUUACUGUCGCUGAUGCACUUUAGUGGCUCCAAAUAGCUAGCAUGACCUUGAGUUGAUAAGAACUGUAAUGUACUAUGCUUCUCGGAGUCAUGAAUGAAGAAGGACAUGGAUAAUAUAAAUCCAGCUGGUUUUUCUGUGCGUUGGCCGGACAGAACGGCAGGGGUCGUGGUGUGUGUCUCUUUUUUAACAACAGCUGGUGCGCAAUCUCUAAUAUUAAGGAAGUCUCGAGGUUCUGCUCGCCUGAGUUAGAAUACCUCAUGAUAAGCUGUAGACCAUACUAUUUACUAUCUGUAUUUUUCGUAGCUGUCUAUUUACCACCACAAACUGAUGCUGGCACUAAGACCACACUCAAUGAGCUGUAUAGGGCCACAAGAAAACAAGAAAAUGGUCAUCCAGAGGCGGCACUAUUAGUGCCUGGUGAUUUUAAUGCAGGAAAACUGAUAUCCCUUUUAUCUAAUUUCUACCAGCAUGUCACCUGUGCAACUAGAGGGAUAAAAAAAUGGGACAAUAACUAUCCUCCUGAUUCCUGCUUUCAAGCAAAAACCCAAACAGGAAGCACCAGUGACACGCUCAAUACGGAAAGUGGUCUGAUGAAGCGGAUCCUAAGCUAAAGGAUUGUUUCACUAGCACAGACUGGAAUAUGUUCCGGAAUUCAUCCGAUGGCAUUGAGGAGUUUACCACAUCAGUCACCGGCUUCAUUAAUAAGUGCAUCUACGACAUUGUCCCCAAAAUGACCAUAUGUACAUAUCCCAACCAAAAGCCAUGGAUUACAGGCAACAUCCACACUGAGCUAAAGGCUAGAGCUGCUGCUUUCAAGGAGCAGGACACUAAUCCGGACGCUUAUAAGAAAUCCUGCUACACCCUCCGACGAAACAUCAAACAGGCAAAGCGUCAUUACAGGAUUAAGAUCGAAUCCUACUACACCGGCUCUAACGCUUGACGGAUGUGGCAGGGCUUGUAAACUAUCACGGAUUACAAAGGGAAAUCCAGCCGAGAGCUACCCAGUGACGCAAGCCUACCAGGCGAGCUAAAUACCUUCUAUGCUCGCUUCGAGGCAAGCAACACUGAACCAUGCAUGAGAGCACCAGCUGUUCCGGACGACUGUAUGAUCACGCUCUCCGUAGCCAAUGUGAGUAAGACCUUUAAAGAGGUUAACAUUCACAAGGCCGCAGGGCCAGAUGGAUUACCAGGAAGCAUACUCAGAGCAUGCGCUGAACAGCUGGCAAGAGUCUUCACUGACAUUUUCAACCUCUCUCUGACCCAGUCUGUAAUACCUACAUAUUUCAAGCAAACCACCAUAGUCCUUGUGUCUAACAACACCAAGGUAACCUGUCUAAAUAACUACAGCCCCGUCGCGCUCACAUCUGUAGCCAUGAAAUGCUUUGAAAGGCUGGUCAUGGCUCACAUCAACACCAUCAUGCCAGAAUCCCUGGACCACUCUAAUUCCCAUACCACCCAACAGAUCUACAGAUGACACAAUCUCUAUUGCACUCCACACUGCCCUUUCUCACCUGGACAAAAGGAACACCUACUUGAGAAUGCUGUUCAUUAACUACAGCUCAGCAUUCAACACCAUAGUGCCCUCCAAGCUCAUCACUAAGCUAAGGACCCUGGAACUGAACACCUCCCUCUGCAACUGGGUCCUGGACUUCCUGACGGGCCGCCCCCAGGUGGUGAAGGGUAGGCAACAAGACAUCCACCAUGCUGACCCUCAACAAGGGGGCCAACUGCGUGGCCGCACAUGACUCCACACCAUCAUUAUGUUUGCUGACGACACAACAGUGGUAGGCCUGAUCACUGACGACAAUGAGACAUCCAUAGGGAGGAAGUCAUAAACCUGGCAGUGUGGUGCCACGACAACAACCUCUCCCUCAAUGUUGGCAAGACAAAGGAGCUUUUCGUAGACUACAGGAAUUGGAGGGCCGAACACGCCCCCAUUCACAUUGACGGGGCUGUAGUAGAGCGGGUCGAGAGCUUCAAGUUCCUCUGUGUCCACAUCAAGGACCUAUCAUGGUCCAAACACACCAACACAGUCGUGAAAAGGGCAUGACAACGCCUCUUCCCCAUCAGGAGGCUGAAAGGAUUUAGCACAGAUCCUCAAAAAGUUAUACAGCUGCACCAUUGAGAGCAUCUUGACUGUCUGCAUCACCGCUUGGUAUGGCAACUGCUCGACAUCCAACCACAAGGCGCUACAGAGGGUAGUGCAUAGGGCCCAGUACAUCACCGUGGCCAUCCAGGAAGGUCCUAAAAAUUGCCACCCAAGUCAUAGACUGUUCUCCCUGCUCUCGCACGGCAAGCGGUACCGGAGCGCCAAGUCUGGAACCAAAAGGCACCUGAACAGCUUCUACCCCCAAGCCAUAAGACUGCUGAACAGUUAAUUAAAGACUACCCGGACAAUUUACAUUGACCCCCUUUACUAUAUAUUUCUUUAUCUUUAUUGUUUUGCACUGACUCCCUUGAACUGGCUCUAUGCACACUCACUAGACUACCCCCACACUCACACAUACAACACUGACACUCCAACAAACACACACACUACAUAUGCUCACAAACAUAAAACACACACACACAUGCAUAUUGACACCACACACACACACCCACACUACUGCUACACUGUUUAUGCCUGCGGUUAUGGAACCCCUACCUGUCCCAGACCUGCUGUUUUCAACUCUUAAUGAUCGGCUAUGAAAAGCCAACUGAGAUUUAUUCCUGAUUAUUAUUUGACCAUGCUUGUCACUUAUGAACAUUUUUGAACAUCUUGGCAUGGUUCUGUUAUAAUCUUCACCCGGCACAGCCAGAAGAGGACUGGCCACCCCUCAUAGCCUGGUUCCUCUCUAGGUUUCUUCCUAGGUUUUCGCCUUUCUAGGGAGUUUUUCCUAGCCACCGUGCUUCUACACCUGCAUUACUAGCUGUUUGGGGUUUUAGGCUGGGUUUCUGUACAGCACUUCGAGAUAUUAGCUGAUGUAAGAAGGGCUAUAUAAAAUAAAAUUGAUUGAUUGAAUUGAUUUAUUAUAUAUCCUGACUGCCUAGUCACUUUUACCCUUACCCACAUGUACAUAAUGUAGUACCUCAAUUACCUCCUACCCCUGCACAUUGACUCGGUACUGGUACUCCUUGUAUAUAGCCUCAUUAUUGUUUUUAUUGUGUUACUAUCUCCUUUUUUAUUCAGCAAACAUUUGUCUUACUUUUUAACUCUGCAUUGUUGAGAAUGGGCUCAUAAGUAAGCAUUUCACUGUAAAGUCUAAACCUGUGGUAUUCGGCACAUGUGACCAAUCAAAUGUGAUUUGAUUGUCUUGUUCACAUUAUAAAAACAUAACAGCAUCGUCCCCGUAAAACACAUAGGAAAUAGGAAAGAAAUACAUCAGUUUCCCAUGUCUAUCUUCUCCUAUCUCUCCCUCCCAGGUUCGGAGCAGAUCCCUCUGAGGGAGGAGUUUGAGCAGAUCGUGCUGAAGGCCAUGUUAGUUUGUCCUGGAGGUCCCUCCAUCUCUCCGGCCCAGCUGCCCUGGCUGGCCCGCCUGGAGGCCAGUGUCUCUGGGGGCAGUGUCCAGGUCCUGGUCACCUACAACUCCCUGGGGGAAGGCAUCUCGGAGUCCCUGCGCUCGCUUUGUGACGGGCCGCCCUACCAGCAGUGCCUGCCCACCUACGUGGUUAUUGUGUGUACCUCCAAGAUGAGCGGCAACGAGUUCUGUGUGCUCGUGCUGGGUGAGUGUUCUCAUACCGUCAGUACACUAUAAUACCUAGAUGUAGUAUGUCUGUAUAUUUGUAGCAUACUAAAGGAAGUAAUUACAGUAGGUGAACCUUGCCUGAGACCUGAAGACUUGCGUAAGCUCCCAGAGCUAAUGCCUAGGCGUUUAGCUCUGCGGGCUAACACAGUCUUACAGCGCAAAGGAGACUCGGGCUCGUUCAUACUUGUCUGUAUGUGUCUUACAGGGAAGUACCAGGCACGAGCGCUAGCCGAGGGGAUGCUCACCACCAAUGAGUUCCUGAAGGAGAUCAGCUACGAGCUCAUAACAGGGAAAGUCAGUGUCCUGGCGUCUCACUUCAAAACCACCUCACUAGGUGAGUAUAAUAGAUGCCAUGGGACACGACAUCAAUUGAAAACACUCAAAGGUCAUUUCUACGCUAUUUUCUCGUUUUGUAAAGGAGGAAACGUAAUUAUUUAGGUAGCCCAAUGAAUUAAUGAAUGAAGCUGUGUUACAAAGGCAUCAAUGACAAUGUUUAUUUUAGUUUCCGUAUGACAACGUAACACCACAAUCUAAGUCUCAUAUUGUGUUUCUGUAUCUUUUCCCAAUGGCACAUAUUCACCUUCCUAAAUGCCCACUGGCCCAUUCCAGUUAGGCAGUCACAGGACUGAAACGAGACACUGUGCCACAAACAGACAGACACAUCAAUAUUUGAUGAGUCGAUUUUGCUUCUGUAUCUGCUGUGUGUGUGUGUGUGUGCGCGCGUUACACUUGUGUGUGCUUGUGCGCAUGUGUCUGAGUGGCUCUGUCUCUGACUGGUGGUGGUCUGUUAUGUUGUUGUUUCCAGGAGACAACCUGGACAAGCAGCUGGUGCGUAUCCAGCGGCGACGGAAGGGCCAGGUCAUCCAGCCUUUCCAGGGCGAUGUCACUGACCACAUCCACUCCCAGGAGGCAGCCACCAUGGUGCCACCCUCCGAGUCAGGUGAGGCACGGCCUCUGUCAGGCCCCUCUUCUGUCCCUUCCUCCUCUUACUGCUGGAGACUCGGAUGCUAUGAAGCCUCUGUAUCAGAAUAUGGAUGGAUAGAUAUGAUAAUAAGCUACAGUAUAUACUAUAUACUUGGCUCUAAGUUUCCAGUAUGCUGAUAUGUGUGUUCCUCCCCCCUCCAGAGCUGCUGAGUGAGUUGUUUCAGAUCCACCCUCCCCAGCUCAGUGUAGCUAGGAGCCUGCUCUCCCAGGUGUGCUCCAUAGCAGACUCAGGCAGCCAGAGUCUGGACCUGGGACGCUUCUGCAAGGUGGACUUCCUGGUUCUGGUUCCCCCGUCUCACGUCCUGGUGAACCAGACCGCUCAACGCAUCCGACAAUCAGGUACUCAUGAGGGGCAAAGAGGAUCAAAUUAGAAUCGAAAGGCAGCAACGGGCAAUACAGUUGGUGAAAAACAAUUAAUUUCUAGGUGGUUGUCAACAAGAGUCCCAUGUCAAGACUAUCUCUGCCUUUUUAUGAGGUUUCUUAGUUACAUGUGUUGGACUUUUUGUAAUCUCUUUCUGCCUGUCUCUAAAAGGAGUUCUAGUCGACCUGGGUAUAGAGGAUGCGUCCUCAGCCCACCAGAGGUCCGACAAGUAUGUGGUGCGUCUAGACGGAGAAGUCCACGGCAAGAUGGAGGCCUUCAUGAGGAAGGUCAAACAGAACCCCUACACCCUGUUUGUCCUCAUCCACGACAACUCCCACGUGGACCUGACCAGGUAACACACACACACGCAUGUCGAACACACACACACACACAUUUGAGUAUUGAAAUUGUGCUGCUGACACUUGGUUCUGACAGAUGUGGUAAUGAAAACAUUGCUAUGGUUAGAGGGUAUGUCCUCGGCUGUACAGUGUACUGAAUAAGAACAGAACAGCCCAAGCCAAGACAGAACAAGACAGAGAAGAGCAAAGGCUUCUUUUUAGUAAUACAUAUAGAACAAGUUUCCCCAAGGAAACCUCAUUUUUGUUUCCCCUCUAUGUAUAGUGCCCUGUCCGGUUCGGUGUGCCAUGGGGAGCUUCAGGGUCUGGCUGACAGGGUGGUAAACUGCCAGGAGGUCCUGGAGGCUAUGAACCUGCUGGUUCUGCAGGUCAGCUGCUUCCCAUUCACCCUGCAGACAAGACAGUCCCGCAUCAGCGUCCACAAUGAGGUGCACUGGCCAGCCAACACAGUGAGUGGCCCUGUGCAGUGGUUCAUCUUUGCCACCUGGUGGCAGCGAUAUGGAAUUACAUUUACAUGAUUUUAGUCAUUCUAAUAGACACUUAUCAAGCGCAACUUACAGUCUGUCAGCGCAUUCAAAUAAGGAAGGAAAACAACCACAUAUAACAAUCAUUGCAAGUUAAACCUUCUAAAUGGCCGCUUUCUGCAAAAUCAUUGGGGAGGUCGUUCCACCACUGAGGUGUCAAAUAGAGAUAUGUCAGACAGACAGAACCAAUGAUGUAUAUAAACUCUGGAUUGCUGAAGAUAUGUAUUGGCCAUUGAGAGGCUUUGAAGCCACCGUUCGGCCAUAUUGGCACACCCCGGUAGGAGCAGUCCUCCAUAGGAAUGAAUGGAAUUCUACAGUAUUUCAAUCAAAUGUUUCAAGGACAAAAUUACAUGUAUUUAAGUAUUUUUUGUUGUAGUGGGGACAGUAACAUUAGUAAUCUCGAAAAAUUAUACUUUAAGGAAAAUGUUUUUAUAUAUUGUUUUCAUUUUUAAAAAAUGUUUAGCUCACAUAAUAUAAUUUAGAAGUAUGCAUUAAAACAGAUUACCAUUUUUUGGGGAGUGCCAAGAUGGAGGCCCGGUGGCUUCAACACAGCUCCCCCCUAUUGGUCAUCUAAUGUAUAUAUAAAUCAUUGGUCAGGACAUGUAAACUCAGCAUAAAAAGAAACGUCCUCUCACUGUCAACUGCGUUUAUUUUCAGCAAACUUAACAUGUGUAAAUAUUUGUAUGAACAUAACAAGAUUCAACAACUGAGACAUAAACUGAACAAGUUACACAGACAUGUGACUAACAUAAAUUGAAUAAUGUGUCCCUGAACAAAAGUAACAGUCAGUAUCUGGUGUGGCCACCGGCUGCAUUAAGUACUGCAGUGCAUCUCCUCCUCAUGGACUGCACCAAAUUUGCCAGUUCUUGCUGUGAGAUGUUACCCCACUCUUUCACGAAGGCACCUGCAAGUUCCCAGACAUUUCUGGGGGGAUUGGCCCUAGCCCUAGCCCUCACCCUCCGAUCCAACAGGUCCCAGACGUGCUCAAUGGGAUUGAGAUCCGGGCUCUUCGCUGGCCAUGGCAGAACACUGACAUUCCUGUCUUGCAGGAAAUCACUCACAGAACGAGCAGUAUGGCUGGUGGCAUUGUCAUGCUGGAGGGUCAUGUCAGGAUGAGCCUGCAGGAAGGGUACCACAGCGUUGAGAUUGCCUGCAAUGACAACAAGCUCAGUCCGAUGAUGCUGUGACACACCGCACCAGACCAUGACGGACCCUCCACCUCCAAAUCGAUCCCGCUCCAGAGUACAGGCCUCGGUGUAAUACUCAUUCCUUCGAUGAUAAACGCGAAUCCGACCAUCACCCCUGGUGAGACAAAACCACGACUUGUCAGUGAAGAGCACAUUUUGCCAGUCCUGUCUGGUCCAGCAACGGUGGGUUUGUGCCCAUAGGCGACAUUGUUGCCAGUGAUGUCUGGUGAGGACCUGCCUUACAACAGGCCUACAAGCCCUCAGUCCAGCCUCUCUGAGUCUAUUAUGGACAGUCUGAGCACUGAUGGAGAGAUUGUGCGUUCCUGGUGUAACUCGGGCAGUUGUUGUUGCCAUCCUGUACCUGUCCCGCAGGUGUGAUGUUCGGUUGUACUGAUCCUGUGCAGGUGUUGUUACACGUGGUCUGCCACUGCAAGGACGAUCAGCUGUCCGUCCUGUCUCCCUGUAGCGCUGUCUUAGGCGUCUCACAGUACAGACAUUGCAAUAUAUUGCCCUGGCCACAUCUGCAGUCCUCAUGCCUCCUUGCAGCAUGCCUAAGGCACGUUCACGCAGAUGAGCAGGGACCCUGGGCAUCUUUCUUUUGGUGUUUUUCAGUCAGUAGAAAGGCCUCUUUAGUGUCCUAAGAUUUCAUAACUGUGACCUUAAUUGCAUAUCAUCUGUAUCUUAACGACCGUUCCACACGUGCAUGUUCAUUAAUUGUUUAUGGUUCAUUGAACAAGCAUGGGAAACAGUGUUUAAACCCUUUAAAAUGAAGAUCUGUGAAGUAAUUUGGAUUUUUACAAAUGAUAUUUGAAAAACAGGGUCCUGAAAAAGGGACAUUUCUUUUUUUGCUGAGUUUAGAUGUAACUAAUAGACAGAGAGAUCCAUUUGCUCAGACAGCAGCUUAUGUUCCUGUAUUUGACACAUAGGGGGAGCUGUCUCUUAAGGAGCUGGUGUACUUUGGCCUGAGGGACUACAGCAGCUCUCUGCAGUGGGGGGUGGCCAGCCCCAUCCUGCGCUGUGACGACGCCUUCGAGAAGAUGAUCAACACACUGCUGGAGAGGUCAGUCAGUCACUUGGGGUCAGGGUUUAGGGGUCAUAGAAUCUCUAAGGGUGUUUUAACAUAUAGUCCUCUUCAGUGGAGGCUGGUGGGAGGAGCUAUUUGAGGACGGACUCAUUGUAAUUGCUGGAAUGGAAUUAAUGGAACAGAGUCAAUGUGGUUUCCAUAUGUUUUAUGUGUUUGAUAACGUUCCAUUUAUGCCAUUCCAGCCAUUACAAUGAGCCUGUCCUCCUAUAGCCCCUCCCACCAGCCUCCAAUGGUCCUCUUUAAUAUAACCUUUCUCAGUCCUCUUUAAAGUGAACUCUGGGGUAAAAAAAAAAAAAGCAAAAGAACUCAGUUCUCUUUGUAUUCACACUGCCCUUGCCUUUGAAUGAGGGCACCUGGACCUUUUGCCAGUUCACUUAUUUUGUGGUCCGAGUCCUCUUUACAUUGUUAUGUUUUCAAACAUUCACUCAAUGCACUCUGGGUUUAUAUAGAGUGCAGGACAAGCCAUUCCAUCAGAAUGUGUUACCGGACAGCUAGAUAUACCUACUUACAUUUAGGAAACGAAUAGAUUGCAUUUAGUUAAAAGGUGAGACAUAAUAAUUGCAAUCAGAAGAUAAUAUUAACAUGUAAAUAUUAUGGGUAACAGAAUAAAUAGCAGAAGAAUAACUGCAGAUUAAAUCAUGAUGUAAUUGAAAAUUGGACCCAAGGGUGUCAAACUCAAUCCAUGACGGCCUGGUGUCUGCUGGUUUUUGGUUUUUCCUUUCAAUUAAGACCUAGUGAACCAUGUAAGGGGAGUUCCUUACUAAUUAGUGACCUUAAUUCGUCAAUCAAGUACAAGGGAGGAGCGAAAACCUGCUGACACUCGGUCCUCCAUGGAAUGAGUUUGACACGUGUUGUAGUUAGGCUACUGCCCCUUUAAGAGCUAGAAUUGAUUUUGUACCCUAUGUUGUGAUUCUCACUAAAUAUGUUGUCUUCUCACACUAUUCAAACCCCACAAUCGAAUUAACAGUUUAUGAAGCUCUCUUAGCCUUAAGAUCACAUAUUGCAAACAAAUAAUCUUGAACUAAAAACUCGCUAAUCAAUAUCCAAAAACAGUACAUGUUUUUUCCGCAAACCUGCACAUCAUCAUCUUCUCUCUUUUGUGGCACCAAUGUCAUGGUUAUGGCAUGGGAAAUGUUGCAAUAGUCUAAUGCAGGGUUACUCAACUCUUACACUACGAGGUCCGAAGCCUGCUCAUUUUCUGUUCUACCUGAUAAUUAAUUGCACACACCUGGUGUCCCAGGUCUAAAUCAGUCCCUGAUUAGAGAGGAACCAUUAAAAAAUGCAGUGGAACUGGCUUCGAGGUCCAAAGUUGAGUUUGAGGGGUCUAGUGUGUGGUGCGGGAAUAAUGACAAGCUAACCUAGGGAGCUUUGUGUUCACAUUGCCCUAAAAAAGGGAACUAGACUGCGAAAUUCAAGCAAACCUAACUCAGACCACCUUUCGAGAUGGUGUCAGUUCGGUUUACUUCAGGGGUCUGAGUUCGUUUGGAGUGUUCACACUGCACAAAAAAUUAAGCGAACCACACUGAGUUCACAAAAAUUGUCUGAAAGGGACCAAGUGUGAAAACACCCUAAGGAGAUUUAGGGACAAGUUUAAGGCUGAUAGGCAUGGCCUCUUUUCCUCUCUCUCACACACUCUGUGUCAUAAAAGUCAAACAUAUUGCUACAAAAUGUAUGGAUAAUUUCGUUUCAGGAUUGUCAGAAAGCCCAUGCUUGACCAGCUCCCCAAAAAGCUGCUAAACCAGUUCACCUGGACACCAAACCUGCCUUAAUACAACUAACACCACCACCUCUCCUCUCCCGGUUGCAGACACCCCCACCUACACAGCAUGGUGAUCAGGAGCUACCUGUUGAUCCAGCAGUACACGGAAGCCAUGAUGGCUCUGACCUCCUCACCUUCACUACGGGACCACAUCACCCCAGAGACCCUGGCCAUGGUGGAGGAUCUGAUCAGUGCCCCGGGCCGGGAGGGGACCAGGGGCCGGGGCCACAUGCUGCUGGUCCGGGUGCCCUCUCUGCAGCUGGCCAUGCUGGCCCGGGAGCGCCUGGAGGACGUCAGGGACAAGCUGGGUCUUCAGUUCUGCUUCGCCGUGCUGCUGGGGAGCCCUGCCGCCGAGCUCAGCCUUCCACGACACUUCGCUAACCGACUCAGGGUGAGACGUGAGGGCAGGGUGGCCAAUUUGGAUCUGCCUAUUCUUACAUCUUAAAGGCCCAGUGCAAUCAAAAAUGCGAUUUUCCUGUGUUUUAUAUGUAUUUCCACACUAUGAGGUUGGAAUAAUACUGUGAAUUGUGAAAAUUAUGAUAAUGCCCUUUUAGUGAAAGAGCUGUUUGAAAAGACCGCCUGAAAUUUCAGCCUGUUUUGGUGGGAUGGAGUUUUGGCCUGCCUGGAGACAUCAGUUAGUUAAUAGCCCAAUAAGAAAGACAAUUCCAAACCUCUCUGCCAAUAACAGCUAGUUUUCAGUUUUCCCCUCCCCACUCCCAGACAGUCCUAGCAAAAUUCUUGCUUGAGAAAUUGCUCUUUGCUAAGAAGCUAUAUAUAUUUUUUGGGACCAUUUUUAAUUGAAAACAAUCACAGUAAGGCACUUAAUUGUUACCCAGAAAUGAUUUGACCUUUAACAUUGGACCUUUAACACCAACUCUCUCUAUGAAAGAAGUGGUUUCCUGAAGAUGUCUUAAAAAAAUGUCCUCAUGUCAAGGGCCCACCCACUUUCAUCAAAGACUGAGAAAUUGGGUAAAUUAGGAUCAUAAUAACUUGGUUUUCAUUUGGCUCCUAAACAUUUCUAAUUGUGUGUUGUUUCCGCAGGCCUGGCGGGGCUGUGAAAGUGAAGACUGGGUCCCUCACACCUAUGAGGAUCUGGAGGGUCUUCCCUGCAUUGUCAUCCUCACUGGAAAAGACCCUCUAGGAGAAACCUUUCCAAGGUAGUACUGACAUGACAGCAUCUAUAUCUACCUAGCCAUAGAAGGUGCAUCUCUAUUGGAUUGACUUUGUAGAAUCGAUGAAUCCCCCACCUCACCUUUAUAUCUUUCCCCCUUAGGUCCCUGAAGUACUGUGACCUGCGUCUGAUCGACUCCAGCUACCUGACGCGUACGGCCCUGGAGCAGGAGGUGGGUCUGGCCUGCUCCUACGUGUCCCUGGGGUUGGUAAAGGAGCCCUGCAGGUCCAUGGCCCCCAGGGACCCAGAGACAGAUAAGACCAGCGGCCCCCAGGAUCCAGACCUAGAGCUGCACAUGGACCUGGAGAGGCCCCAGAGCAACGGCAGCGUUGCUACCAAAGGCUCCGGUAGGUACCUGGACAAAAGAGACCCCACAUGUUUAGGAAAUGGUGACGAGACGAUUGUUUAAAGGGUUUAGGAUACUGUGUAGUGAUGGUGUUACAGUUGUGUUUAUGAAAUCAUUUUGAAAUACUGUUCUAUGAGUCUGAACUCUCUCCCUUCCACAGGUUCUCUGGCAGAGAACAGGGUCAGCUCCUCUGACAUCCCUGACUCCUCCCAGAAGCCUUCCACCUCCUCCUGCCACCCCGGAGGCAAGGCGGGCAGCAUCAUGAUGGAAGAAGGGACAGGUCCGGGCACGACCUCAUCCUCCCCCCGCCGGGUCAAACAGGAGUGUGACUCCCUGGGCAGUGCCACCCCCCGCCCCUCCAACGCCCCUCCCUCCUUCUGCUCCUCCUCCUCCUCUUCCUCCUCCCCCUCCUCCUCUUCGACCCAGCACCCCAGCCAGUCUACGCAAUGCGGCCGCGGCAGCAAGUCGCCUCGGGUCUCUCCCCGGACUGUCAUCCUGUCGCGAGCGGCCUACAACCUCCUGGCAGGAGAAUCAGGGAGCCAGCUGAGCUCCUUCUCCCUGCUGCCUCACGCCGAUGUGGGUUGGAGCAGCCCACUGAGGCCCCUCUUCACCCCUAACUUACAAGGGUCAGAGCAGAGCCUCUUCUACAGACAGUGGACCGUAGCCAGGCAGCACCAUGCCGACCACGAGGCCCCCCCGGGGCCACACCCACGACGCCUGCUGCUCAGCGGACCCCCACAGGUUAGAGACCAUACAGAUAUUUAUAUAUCACCUCUUGUCUAUAUCAAUGACAGCUUCUUUCCUACAGUGGGGGAAAAAAGUAUUUAGUCAGCCACCAAUUGUGCAAGUUCUCCCACUUAAAAAGAUGAGAGAGGCCUGUAAUUUUCAUCAUAGGUACACGUCAACUAUGACAGACAAAUUGAGAAAAAAAAUCCAGAAAAUCACAUUGUAGGAUUUUUAAUGAAUUUAUUUGCAAAUUAUGGUGGAAAAUAAGUAUUUGGUCACCUACAAACAAGCAAGAUUUCUGGCUCUCACAGACCUGUAACUUCUUAUUUAAGAGGCUCCUCUGUCCUCCACUCGUUACCUGUAUUAAUGGCACCUGUUUGAACUUGUUAUCAGUAUAAAAGACACCUGUCCACAACCUCAAACAGUCACACUCCAAACUCCACUAUGGCCAAGACCAAAGAGCUGUCAAAGGACACCAGAAACAAAAUUGUAGACCUGCACCAGGCUGGGAAGACUGAAUCUGCAAUAGGUAAGCAGCUUGGUUUGAAGAAAUCAACUGUGGGAGCAAUUAUUAGGAAAUGGAAGACAUACAAGACCACUGAUAUUCUCCCUCGAUCUGGGGCUCCACGCAAGAUCUCACCCCGUGGGGUCAAAAUGAUCACAAGAACGGUGAGCAAAAAUCCCAGAACCACACGGGGGACCUAGUGAAUGACCUGCAGAGAGCUGGGACCAAAGUAACAAAGCCUACCAUCAGUAACACACUACGCCGCCAGGGACUCAAAUCCUGCAGUGAAGACAUGUCCCCCUGCUUAAGCCAGUACAUGUCCAGGCCCGUCUGAAGUUUGCUAGAGUGCAUUUGGGUGAUCCAGAAGAGGAUUGGGAGAAUGUCAUAUGGUCAGAUGAAACCAAAAUAUAACUUUUUGGUAAAAACUCAACUCGUCGUGUUUGGAGGACAAAGAAUGCUGAGUUGCAUCCAAAGAACACCAUACCUACUGUGAAGCAUGGGGGUGGAAAUAUCAUGCUUUGGGGCUGUUUUUCUGCAAAUGGACCAGGACGACUGAUCCGUGUAAAGGAAAGAAUGAAUGGGGCCAUGUAUCGUGAGAUUUUGAGUGAAAACCUCCUUCCAUCAGCAAGGGCAUUGAAGAUGAAACGUGGCUGGGUCUUUCAGCAUGACAAUGAUCCCAAACACACCGCCCGGGCAACAAAGGAGUGGCUUCGUAAGAAGCAUUUCAAGGUCCUGGAGUGGCCUAGCCAGUCUCCAGAUCUCAACCCCAUAGAAAAUCUUUGGAGGGAGUUGAAAGUCCGUGUUGCCCAGCGACAGUCCCAAAACAUCACUGCUCUAGCCCUCCUGUUAUGUUGUGGGUCAAUUUGACCCGUUUCCACUUUUGCGUUGUCUAAAAUACUAGUUAACCACUCUUUUUCGCCAUGAAAUUACAUGACUUUUCCUCAUUUAGGGUCAUGAACCUAACUGCAAAAUGUGGACACACUGAUGUGUUGUGGAAUGUCUGUGUACAUUUUGUAUACAAACAUGAUGUUGUGGGUCAUUUUGACCCGGAGGCUUUCAUGUGUAUAUAUAUUUGCACAGGUGCAAAACAAAAAAGUGUCUUUGAUUUAUUUUGUUUUGACUGGUCCUGGUUGCACUUUUAGAAUUGUGUUUGGGUUAAAAAGGGCUUUCCCAAGCUUCUCCUCAGUGUGAGAGCAGCAGGUCCCUGACACAGACACUCAAAAAUGAGCUCCAAAAGAUUUUCAAUCAAUGAAGUCUUAUCACAAAUUCUGGACUGUGACAGUGAAAAAGAAGAAGAGGUUUCAGAGACAGAGGAUAUUUCAGAGAUAGAGGACAAUGCUGUUGAUGAUCCAGAUUUUGUCUUCAUUGAAGAGGAUUCAGAGGAGGAGUCUGCCGUACCAUCCCCUACAUCAGAUGAGAGACAGAGCAUGCAACAAGCAUCAUCAAGAGAAGAGAAGACAUGGAAGUCUAAAGAUGGUCAUAUUGAAUGGUCACCGUCACCACAACGAGGUCAAGGUAGACUCUCAGCUUCCAAUGUAAUAAAAAUGGUUCCAGGACCUACACGAUUUGCUGUCACUCGAGUCCAUGACAUACAAUCAGCUUUUGAGCUCUUUUUACCCCAAGCAAUAGAGAAGAUUGUUCUGGACAUGACCAACUUGGAGGGGAGCCGUGUGUUUCAAGAGAACUGGAAGCCACUGGAUCGGAUUGACUUGCAUGCAUACAUUGGAUUGCUCAUAUUAGCUGGAGUCUACCGGUCAAACGGAGAAGCAACGGCCAGCCUGUGGAAUGAAGAGAAUGGAAGGCCAAUAUUUCGGGCAACAAUGUCUCUACAAGAAUUCCACAUAAUUUCUCGGGUGAUUCGCUUUGAUAACCGUGAUACCAGACCGGGUCGACGUGAAAGAGACAAACUAGCUGCAAUCAGAGAUGUAUGGGAUAAAUGGGUGGAAAUUCUACCGUUACUGUACAAUCCCAGUCCUCAUGUUACAGUUGAUGAACGCCUUGUUCCAUUCAGAGGACGUUGUCCCUUCAGACAGUAUAUGCCAAACAAGCCUGCAAAAUGUGGCAUCAAAAUAUGGGCAGCAUGUGAUGCCACAUCAAGCUAUGCAUGGAAUAUGCAAGUUUACACUGGGAAGCCACCCGGCGGAGUGCCUGAGAAAAACCAGGGGAUGCGGGUGGUGCUGGACAUGAGUGAAGGGCUGCAAGGUCAUAACAUCACGUGUGACAACUUCUUCACAUCCUACCGCCUUGGUGUUGAACUACAGAAGAGAAAGCUGACCAUGGUUGGAACAAUCAGAAAAAACAAACCUGAACUUCCCAGUGAGCUUCUGAAAAUGCAGGGCAGAACUGUGCAUUCCUCUAAAUUUGCUUUCUCUGAAAAUGCAACUGUUGUUUCAUACUGCCCAAAGAAGAACAAGAAUGUUCUUGUAAUGAGCACAAUGCACAAAGAUGCAUCGCUGAGUGCAAGAGAGGACAUCAAGCCACAAAUAAUACUGGACUACAAUUCCACCAAAGGAGGAGUUGACAAUUUGGAUAAAGUCACAGCAACAUAUAGUUGUCAGCGCAUGACUGCCCGCUGGCCUUUGGUGAUUUUCUACAACAUUGUGGAUGUGUCUGCUUACAAUGCCUAUGUCCUGUGGACUGAAAUCAACCAGCAAUGGAAUGGUGGCAAAUUGUACCGACGCCGGCUUUUCCUAGAGGAGCUCGGCAAAGCUCUCAUCACUCCCAAGAUCCAGAGGAGAGUCCGGCCUCCUCGGUCGACAGCAGCUGCAUCUGCCGUCCAGAAAAUUCAAGCUGGACCAUCAACACAUGCCUCCAAUCAACCAGAAAUGGAUCCAGUGGAUACAGGCAGUGGCAAGAAACGGAAAAGAUGCCAGCUCUGCCCCCCUCGACAAGACAGUAAAACAAGCACCACUUGUGUAGAAUGCAAUAAAUACAUCUGCAGAAAGCACACACACACAUUGUGUUCAACAUGUAGAGAGAAAGACUGAAGGGAUAAUAUGGACCAAUAGGGGGGGAAAAAACCUACUUGGGGAAACUGAAAAAUCUUGUUUGUGAGAAAGGAAAUAUGUUUAACAAAUAGUUCUUAAAUAUUGUUUAAAAAAAAUAAAAAGUAUUGUAUUUCUUCUUUCUGAAAUGUCUGAUAAGACAAAAUAAAGUUGUUUCUGUUUUUACUUAAUUCUUUGACUGUCUUGAGUGUGUUUAAACUGUGCGGGUCAAUUUGACCCGUAACAUAAUGGAUGUCAUUUUUUUCCAGCAAAGCACAAGGGCUAGAGGAGAUCUGCAUGGAGGAAUGGGCCAAAAUACCAGCAACAGUGUGUGAAAACCUUGUGAAGACUUACAGAAAACGUUUGACCUGUGUCAUUGCCAACAAAGGGUAUAUAACAAAGUAUUGAGAAACUUUUGUUAUUGACCAAAUACUUAUUUUCCACCAUAAUUUGCAAAUAAAUUCAUUAAAAAUCCUACAAUGUGAUUUUCUGGAUUUUUUUUUCUCAUUUUGUCUGUCAUAGUUGACGUGUACCUAUGAUGAAAAUUGCAGGCCUCUCUCAUCUUUUUAAGUGGGAGAACUUGCACAAUUGGUGGCUGACUAAAUACUUUUUUUCCCCACUGUAUAAGCCAUGCAUCGUAUUCUAGAGCUGCAUGCUGAUAUUAAUUUUCCUCACUUAUGAGGGAUAAGUGAGGCCCUGGAGAUAACUAGCACUAUUCAACCAAGAGAAUAUCGACCUAGUUGUAUGGAGUCUUAAGAGGCAAUUGUGUAUAAUGACGGUAUUCGAAUGGAUACCACAUAUUGAGUGGCAAUGGCUGCAUGCAAUGUCAAAGAGUGUCAGUGGUAAAAAACAGAUAGGUUGUAAUCAGUUGAAUAACUCUGUUUUGUCUCUCUGAUAGGUGGGGAAGACAGGUGCCUACCUGCAGUUUCUACGCAUCCUGUUCCGCAUGUUGAUUCGACUGCUUGAGGUGGAUGUGUAUGAUGAAGAGGAGGAGCUGGAGGAAGGUGAGGAGAGCAGGAUCUUAUAGUUAAUAUGUUCUUUAUCUGUCUGUUUCUCUCUCUCUCUCAUAAUGUCUUAGUCUAGAAACUGAAGCUAAUGUCAAUGUAUGUUGAUGUAUUAUUAUUUUCUAGUGAUGACGGAUAUGUUCGAGGCCACACCCCCAGCCAGCACCCAGUGGCCAGACAUCGAGGAGAUCCGCAAACUGCCCUUCGACCUCUUCCCCAGAGAUCCUAAGUUCAGAAGGGCCAGCGCUGUUUACACUGACAAGAUGCAAAAGGGCUUGAAAGGUCAGCAGAAAUAAACUCUUAUUCACGUCCCUGUCAUUGUAGGAGGAAGCUCCCUUUGUUUCACUGAUUCAGGGUCAGAUAUUGGUGCACCUUCUACCGCAACUUCUACCUCAAGCAUCACUGUCUAUGUAUAUUGAUUUGUCAUCUGUGUGAAUCUUAAACAGCUUUGUCUCAUAGCAUGUGGGUAUAACUGUAAUGUUUGUCCAUGCAGAUCCUAAACUGGAAGGAGAGAGCAAAAUGCCUGUGAAGAGGGAAACGGUGUCGAUACGGCUGAGUAUGUUCGCAGCCCACAAUGCAUUUCACCAUUGUGAGCAGUGUCACCAUUACUGUGAAGCCAGCCCAGCCACACAGGUGAGUGCACAGGGAGGGAACAGAGCCAUGUACAGUAUUUAUAUCUAAAUAUAUGGCUCUGGGAAGGAAGAGGUAGCUUUGUUUGUCAUUCUGAAGAGAUAAUUUGUCUCAAGGGAGAACUUGAUUUAUUGGCUUAACUAACAGAUCACCUGCGUCAACUAUUGCUGUGUCAUUUGGUCUCAACCCCCCUUCUCCCCCAUUUCUAAACCUAUAGAAAAACGACCGCCCAACUUGUAGAAAGACUGGUGUGCUCAGCGGUUCAGCCUUUUGUGCUGAGCCGUGUGCUGAGUGGUGCAGCUCUGUCUGUGCUGGAAGUGUACAUGUGUGUUGUUGUGUUUGUGUUCAGCUGUCAGAGUGCACCUUCCACGCCUUCACGUUCUGCUCUUCCAUGCUGGGAGAGGAGGUUCAGCUUCACUUCAUCAUCCCCAAGGCCAAGGAGAAGCACUUUGUCUUCAGCCAGCAGGGAAGCCACCUGGAGAGCAUGAGGCUGCCCCUCGUCUCUGCUAAGGUAAAUGGUGAUGGGGGAAAUCAGUGGGGAUUGGGGAAAACCUUGAGACUGCCCUCGAGUUCUAAGAAUGUUGUGCCCAAGAUGAAUAUCAUCAAUAGUGACAAGAAAUAUUCUCAUCCUUCAGCUUCUGUAAUCAGUAGUGCAUUCUAAACUCAGCAAAAAAAGAAACAUCCCUUUUUCAGGACCCUGUCUUUCAAAGAUAAUUCGUAAAAAUCUAAAUAACUAGUACAGGAUGGCAACAACAACUGCCCGAGUUACACCAGGAACACACAACCCCUCCAUCAGUGCUCAGACUGUCCGCAAUAGGCUGAGAGAGGCUGGACUGAGGGCUUGUAGGCCUGUUGUAAGGCAGGUCCUCACCAGACAUCACCAGCAACAAUGUCGCCUAUUGGCACAAACCCACCGUCACUGGACCAGACAGGACUGGCAAAAAGUGCUCUUCACUGACGAGUAGUGGUUUUGUCUCACCAGUGGUGAUGGUCGGAUUCGCGUUUAUCGUCGAAGGAAUGAGCGUUACACAGAGGCCUGUACUCUGGAGCGGGAUCGAUUUGGAGGUGGAGGGUCCGUCAUGGUCUGGGGCGGUGUGUCACAGCAUCAUCGGACUGAGCUUGUUGUCAUUGCAGGCAAUCUCAACGCUGUGCGUUACAAGACAUCCUCCUCCCUCAUGUGGUGCCCUUCCUGCAGGCUCAUCCUGACAUGACCCUCCAGCAUGACAAUGCCACCAGCCAUACUGCUCGUUCUGUGCGUGAUUUCCUGCAAGACAGGAAUGUCAGUGUUCUGCCAUGGCCAGCAAAGAGCCCAGAUCUCAAUCCCAUUGAGCACGUAUGGGACUUGUUGGAUCGGAGGGUGAGGGCUAGGACUAGGGCCAUUCCCCCCCCAGAAAUGUCCGGGAACUUGCAGGUGCCUUGGUGGAAGAGUGGGGUAACAUCUCACAGCAAGACCUGGCAAAUCUGGUGCAAAUCUGGUGCAGUCCAUAAGGAGGAGAUGCACUGCAGUACUUAAUGCUGGUGGCCAUCCCAGAUACUGACUGUUACUUUUGAUUUUGACCCCCCCUUUGUUCAGGGACACAUUAUUCAAUUUCUGUUAGUCACAUGUCUGUGGAACUUGUUCAGUUUAUGCCUCAGUUGUUGAAUCUUCUUAUGUUCAUACAAAUAUUUACACAUGUUAAGUUUGCUGAAAAUAAACGCAGUUGACAGUGAGAGGACAUUUCUUUUUUUGCUGAGUCUAUUUGCUGAAAUGAAAUCGUACCAUAAGCAACACAUAAUCAACACAGACACUCACACCACAUGUCACACACAGAGUGAACUAUGCACUUAUGUGUCUCUCGUUUGCUCACUUUAGUUGUUUGAUGCUACUGGUGCCCUGGGCCAUAGCCUAGUGGAACCAGCCUGAUCUUGCCAUAGCUCAGCUCAGCGGUCAGUCUGCUUGAUCAGGCUACCUGCACCCUAGCCUGCUGCACUAUGCAUCUUUAACUAUAGCUCUCCUUCUUCCAUCCCAGGACCCCAGUCUGUUGAAAAGUCCCAUCUUCACCCCGACCACGGGGCGCCAGGAGCACGGCCUUCUCAACAUCUUUCACGCCAUGGAGGGCACCGCCCACCUCCACAUCCUAGUGGUCAAGCAGUAUGAGAUGCACCACUACAGGAAAUACUGGCCCAACCACAUCCUGCUGGUGCUGCCUGCCAUGUUCAACAGCGCCGGAGUUGGUGAGUGUCUGGGCUCUUGGGUAAAGUUUUCCCCUAGGUACAGAUCUAGGAUCAGCUUCUGCUCCCCCAAUCCUAACCGUAACCAUUAGUGGGGAAAAUACAAAACUGACCAGUCAAUCAGUCAUUUAGAUAGGUUAACUCAUUUUAUUGGUCGAGUUCUGUGAUCCUCAACUCUGCUUGGAAAGUUGCAGUACUAUAGGUUUUUGUCCCAGCAUAUCGCUCAAUAAGGUGUUUCACUGCUGAGCGGUAACAUUGAGGACCAUAGUCAUUUGUGAUGAAACAAAGAAACCAUAGAGUUGCCUUGCAAAGUAUAAACUAUUUUUAGGCAUUGCUUUAUUUAUACACUAAUGUAUUUUACAUUGUUAGUUUGUCGAGUAGCUUAUCUCUCUCUGAUGAUAAUGAUGCAUCUACAGCAGUCUGUGUGAACUUCAAGAGACAUACUGUAUCUAUAUUACCAUAAGCAUGUUUGGACACAUAACUGUAGUAGGUACGUGAGAUUUGAAUAUGGCAGGAACCAAAAGGGAAGGGCCUGGUCAAUGAGAACACCAGCAGGCCAGUAGUCUGAUGUAUGGAUCUACCGUUUAGGUGUAUAGUCUUUAUGGAUGGCCCAAUAGUGUUGCAGCACUACAAGCACAUGCCAGGUGUAGCAAUAGGGGCAUUAGGUAAAGGCUGAAAGGACAGGACAAUUUAGCAGGUGAGAGAACCAAUAAAGUAAUACUUGGAGUUCAGGUCAAAGCUAUUGUGUUCAGACUGUUGUGUGAGUUGGAGUUGAAGCUCUGUGGUAGAGUUCUUGGGUUGGUGGUUGGCAGUGGUGAUUUUAGCAUGUAAAUCUUGGUGGGGCAAACACAACAUAACACUAAACAAUACAUUAAUUGCACUAAAACGGUGACAAACGGUACCCACAAACUGUUAGGCCCUACAUAAAGCUGUCCCAACAGCAGAGUCCCAACAGCAGUCCCAACACCUUACCACUGCUACACCUGGCUAUCAGCGGAGCCUUGUCUGGCAGUGAAACAGUUCAUUCAGCCUCAUUUACUGCCUUUAAAAAAACAUAGCUGAUAUGGCUGACUUGCUUAAACAAAUGUGGUUUCUACUGACAAUUGAGAUGUACAAACUAUGGCAUAAGGGGACGACGAGCGGAGAAAAGGCAAUCCGUAAUUUCGAUUAAGACAUUAAUGAGCGAGCUAGGACGGACGUAGUCAAUAUAACUAUUUUUUCAGCACUUUUGAAAUGUACAGCGACAGAAUUCAGAACAUGGGCCGUUCUUACAGUGUUCCCCCUGUACACCAAGUCAGAAUCGUAGGAUAAAUAAAGGGGGCAUAUAUAUAAGCAGACAAUGAAAGCUCUUACAAUAUUCGAUGAUGACAUUUCUCUAAAACAGGCUAUAGGCUACAUGUGCACCACCAAGUCAGAACAGUAGGCAAAAUUAUGAGGGGAAAAGUGACCAAAUUAUUAGGGUGAGGCACAUGGGCUACUAACAGCUUACUACACAACAUACACUUAGUAUUACUUUCUUAUCUGCAGACAGUAUACAUAUCUCCCUGGCAUAUUACAUAAUUUAUGCAGCAGCAUAAAAAAUACAAAACUGACCAGUCAAUUUGGACUCACCUUGUUGUGCUGUGCUGUGCCUACUUGAACAGGAAGGUGGCGCGGCGGUCCUUCGUGGGCAAAUUUUGUCAUCAAAGUCUGGCUUUCUCUGGAUUUAUUGUGCUUUCAAGACAACUGGGAACUCUGAAAAAAACAAGGUUGAAUCAUGAUUACGUCCUCUUGAAAGAGACCAGAGUUCCCGACUUGCGAGUCUGAGUUGGAUGACCGUUCAAAAUGUAUUUUCCCAGUUGGAGCUUGUUUUUUUCAGAGUUCCUAGUUGUCUUGAAGUCACUGAAGUCAGAUAUCCCCGUUUCAAGUUUCCAGUUGUUUUGAGCAUGGCAAAAGUCAUGCUGGAUUGACAGCAUGGCCAAUGUUGAAUGUUUAUCCUUUUAAGCUUGGAAAGAGACCCUUAAACCCAGACUUGGGACCACACACCCACUCCACUGAAUAGCUGGCUAGUGAUUGCUUUGCAAUGCUUGCAGUUAGCCACUGAUUCCUUCCAAACCACUCAUUGUUGAAUUUGUGAUUUCCAACUUGUAAUGUUUAUGUCCAAUGGCCGAUGAGCACCGAUACGUUUUAUCUAUAAUUUCUCUUCAUUACUUCUCUUCAUAUGACAAGGAUUAAAAAGGAUUUGCCAGUAGAUUGUCGACUUGAUUCAUGAUGAUGACUGCUAGCUUGCUAGCUAAGAUUUUGAAAGUAUGAUGUUGACAUGAUCAGUCCAAUCAAAGCUACUGUAGAUAUAGCGUGAUUUGACCUCAUUUUAUCUGUGGCCAAUGACCUUGAGCCUUCUUGGAUGGGCACUUCUAAUGUAACUCUAUGGCAGCACCCAAGGGGCUUGAAUUUUCGAGCUCUAGCCUUAGAUUUUGCGGUGACGUAGUGUCCCCCAUGAGUGACAGAACACUGAGCCAAUCACGGCGCAACUAGAGAACAUUACCAACCCCUGCGCUCUGUAUUUUCCGCUGGCUGCCCCAAUACCACAGAAAGCACUGAGCUAGGCUGAAACACCUGCAUUCUGGAGCAGCCUUACUCAAGAAAGCAAAAAAGAGACCAAGUUUGGAUGCGGCUGUACUAACUCAAAGAUUGUAAAACAUUUUACAUUGUUUGCUAACUGAUAUAUGACACGUAUUAAUGCCAAAAUAACUGACUAUGAAGUUUUCCAAUAUAAUAAUCGUAGUUUUUUUGUAUAAUUAGUGUAUUAUUUUUGCUAAACAGGUGGGGCUCAAAACCCCACCUGCCCUGAAUGAUGGAUCGCCACUGGUAGUUGGCUAAUAUUUUUCUGCGGUGACCAUACAAGUUGUGACUAUAGCCCACAUAAAGCUGUUGGAAUUGACAUUGGUCAUAACUAGACACCAGACUUUUUCCUGGUCAGGUCAUGUGGUUAGGCAAAUAAAUAAAAUAUCAGUGGGUCUCCACCAUCCUAUAUACUGUAUCAUUAUGGUUAUUAUGGGGCGGCAUCGCAUUAGGGAACUAGUGUGUCUCAAAUGGCACCCUAUUCUCUGUAUAGUGCACUACUUUUGACCAGAGCCCUGGUCAAAAGUAGUGCACUAAAUUGGGAAUAGAGUGCCAUUUGGGAUACAGCCACUGUCAGUAACAUAGCAGUAACAUUACUGUUGUAUCUGUACCAGGGGCGGCUCGUUUCAUGAUCAAGGAGCUGUCGUACCACAACCUGGAGCUGGAGAGGAACCGUCUGGAGGAGCAGGGGGUCAAGAGGCAGGACGUCUGGCCCUUUAUAGUAAUGAUGGAUGACUCCUGUGUGCUCUGGAACGCACACCAACCCCAGGACAGCAGCAGGUAUGGGUUACAACAGACCCAGCAAACCAAAAUAGGUUCUGUGAACAUUCCUAGAACAUUAAUCAGGUUGCCACAAAAGUUCUAAUACAUUUACAUUUACAUCAUUUAGCAGACGCUCUUAUCCAGAGCGACUUACAAAUUGGUGCAUUCAACUUAUGAUAGCCAGUGGGACAACCACCUUUUAAAAAAUAAUAAUGUUUUAUGGGGGGUGGGGGAAGAAGGAUUACUUUAUAUUAUUCCAGGUAUUCCUUAAAGAGGUAGGGUUUCAAGUGUCUCUGGAAGGUGGUCAGUGACUCCGCUGUCCUGGCGUCGUGGGGGAGCUUGUUCCACCAUUGGGGUGCCAGAGCAGCGAAUAGCUUUGACUGGGCUGAGCGGGAACUGUGCUUCCGUAGAGGUAGGGGAGCUAGCAGGCCAGAGCUGGAUGAACGUAGUGGUGUAGGGUCUGAUCAGAGCCUGAAGGUAAGGAGGUGCCGUUCCCCUCACAGCUCCGUAGGCAAGCACCAUGGUCUUGUAUUAGAUGCGAGCCUCUACUGGAAGCCAGUGGAGUGUGCGGAGGAGCGGGGUGACAUGAGAGAACUUGGGAAGGUUGAACACCAGACGGGCUGCAGCGUUCUGGAUAAAUAACACAAAAACUGUCCAGUUGUGCUGAUUAUUAUACAAUGUUUGUAUAAAACAUUCACCUGAUGUUGCAAGAACGUUCCCAGAACACAUUUUGUUAUUACAUUACCUGGAUACCAAAUAAGAACCUUAGGGGAAUGUUCUGUAGUGGUUGUUACAGAUGUUGUGCACAACAUUUUAGUGAAUGUUCCGAUAACAUUCCAAGGAUAUUUCAUUUAAACAUUUUCUGAAAAAAAGAAACAUUUUAUUAUGAAAAACAUUUUUUGAAUGCUUUUGUGAUGUUAUCAUCCUAAUCUAAGAUAAAGCCCUAACUUAAUGGGAAUGUUAGCUAAUGUCUUGGGAAUGUUCCUGGUUUACUGGGGAAACUGGCACACUGACACACGCAGGCACAAACGCACGCACUCUCACAAAAACAACCCCAAAACACCCAGAUUAUUGGUCCAUGACUAUCUAUCAGCAAUUAAUUCUCAGAAAGAACUGUAUUAUAUCUGGACUACUCUAUCAACAACCAUACUAAUAUCUGUCUACCCACUCUUCCCUGUCUCCCUCAGUGAUAUGGCAGACACUGGGCCCAGUCUGACCAACGUGUCUUUAAAGACUGUGCUGCAGCACAUGGAGGCCACUCCUAAGAUCUCCCUCUACGCCAUGUGUGGCGCCCGCAAGUGGAGCAGUGCCCUGGCCCGCCGCCUGCCAGCCCUGCCCUUCUCCCGAUGCCACCUUCACGACUUUGUCAUGCUCAACAUUGAGCUGACGCAGAACGUCCAGUACGACCUCAACAGGUACAGUUGUGAGGAGGUGGACUUCAACCUGAGAGCCAACAGCAGUGGUCUGCUGCUCUGUCGCUUCAACCACUUCAGCUUGAUGAAGAAACAAAUUCCCUUUGGAGGACACAAGGACUUCCUGGUCAAACCCAAACUCAUGGUGAGUGUCCUGGCUCCUCCUUUUUCUACCUCAUCUCCUUGUCUGAGAGAUAUAUUGCGUGUGUGUGCGUGCGUGCGUGCGUGUGUGCGUGCGUAUGCGUGUACGUGUGCAUGUGUCUGAAACACAGUCAGUCAGUCAUCCUAACCCCUACCCUGCUCCCCCUCUAGGUGAUGGAGAACCCAACACCCAUCAGCCCGCCCCAGUAUAUCUGUGCCCCAGACAGUGAACACACCCUCCUGGCCGCCCCGGCUCAGUUCCUCCUGGAGAAGUUUCUCCAGAGCUGCAGCCACAGACUGUUCCCCAAGGCAGUACAGAACAGUAGCAACCCCGUGCUGUCCAUAGACAGCUACCUCAACAUAGGCCCUGAGGUAAGAUCCAACCCCUAGACAGCUACCUCAACAUAAGCCCUGAGGUAAGAUCCAACCCAUAGACAGCUACCUCAACAUAAGCCCUGAGGUAAGAUCCAUAGACAGCCUAUGUACCUCAACAUAGGCCCUGAAGUAAGCAGCAACCCAGUGCUCGACAGCUACCUCAACAUAGGCUUACCAUGAGGUACGAGCUGAGCAAGUCUGGUGGAGAGCAUGUGAAAAUCUUGAGAUACAUGUAUUUUCUGCUAAAUAGAUUUAUGAAAAAUGUUUUAAUCAAGUGCAGGUUUAUUGUGAGAACAGAUCCCACAAACUGUUUCCAUGAUAAAAAGUCAUGACUGAGAUGGUGGAGAUGUGACUGCGCUUUCUGCAUCCCCAGGUGUCAGUGUGCUACGUCAGCUCCAGACCACACUCCAUUAACCUGGACCACCAGGGUCUGGUCUUCAGUGGCCUGCUGCUCUACCUGUGUGACUCCUUUGUCGUCUCUGGCCUCCUCAAAAAGUUCAGCUUCCUCAAAGGUAACUAAUGCUACUUCAAUGUUGUUGUUUUUUAGUCCUUAUGUGAAGUUAAGUGUAACCUCAUCCUGAGUUGCGAAACCAUAAAAAAAUAUUAGGAAGACGGUAUUUUGGCCCAUUCCUCCAUGCAGAUCUCCUCUAGAGCAGUGAUGUUUUGAGGCUGUCGCUGGGCAACACAGACUUUCAACUCCCUCCAAAGAUUUUCUAUGGGGUUGAGAUCUGGAGACUGGCUAGGCCACACCAGGACCUUGAAAUGCUUCUUACGAAGCCACUCCUUCGUUGCCCGGGCGGUGUGUUUGGGAUCAUUGUCAUGCUGAAAGACUCAGCCACAUUUCAUCUUCAAUGCCCUUGCUGAUGGAAGGAGGUUUUCACUCAAAAUCUCACGAUACAUGGCCCCAUUCAUUCUUUCCUUUACACGGAUCAGUCAUCCUGGUCCCUUUGCAGAAAAACAGCCCCAAAGCAUGAUGUUUCCACCCCCAUGCUUCACAGUAGGUAUGGUGUUCUUUGGAUGCAACUCAGCAUUCUUUGUCCUCCAAACAUGACGAGUUGAGUUUUUACCAAAAAGUUAUAUUUUGGUUUCAUCUGACCAUAUGACAUUCUCCCAAUCCUCUUCUGGAUCAUCCAAAUGCACUUAAGACGGGCCUGGACAUGUACUGGCUUAAGCAGGGGGACACGUCUUGCACUGCAGGAUUUGACUCCCUGGCGGCGUAGUGUGUUACUGAUGGUAGGCUUUGUUACUUUGGUCCCAGCUCUCUGCAGGUCAUUCACUAGGUCCCCCCGUGUGGUUCUGGGAUUUUUGCUCACCGUUCUUGUGAUCAUUUUGACCCCAAGUGGUGAGAUCUUGCGUGGAGCCCCAGAUCGAGGGAGAUUAUCAGUGGUCUUGUAUGUCUUCCAUUUCCUAAUAAUUGCUCCCACAGUUGAUUUCUUCAAACCAAGCUGCUUACCUAUUGCAGAUUCAGUCUUCCCAGCCUGGUGCAGGUCUACAAUUUUGUUUCUGGUGUCCUUUGACAGCUCUUUGGUCUUGGCCAUAGUGGAGUUUGGAGUGUGACUGUUUGAGGUUGUGGACAGGUGUCUUUUAUACUGAUAACAAGUUCAAACAGGUGCCAUUAAUACAGGUAACGAGUGGAGGACAGAGGAGCCUCUUAAAGAAGAAGUUACAGGUCUGUGAGAGCCAGAAAUCUUGCUUGUUUGUAGGUGACCAAAUACUUAUUUUCCACCAUAAUUUGCAAAUAAAUUCAUUAAAAAUCCUACGAUGUGAUUUUCUGGAUUUUUUUCCCUCAAUUUGUCUGUCAUAGUUGACGUGUACCUAUGAUGAAAAGUACAGGCAUCUCUCAUCUUUUUAAGUGGGAGAACUUGCACAAUUGGUGACUGACUAAAUACUUUUUUUCCCCACUGUAUAUGUGAAGCCAAGGGUUAUUCAUCUCCAAUUAAAUUAACUUGAUCAAUGCCACUUUUCUGAUUUGUUCUCUGACCUCUGACUAUGAUGUUUUCCAAUAUAAACCUCCCAUGACAUAUGUUACACUGAGCCAUAUAGCAAUAAAUGCAUAUAUAGUAGGAAAACCAUAGCACCUUUUUGAUUGGUUCCCUGACCUAUGGCCUCUGACCCUGUCCAUAGGUGCCACGUUGUGUGUGAUCUGCCAGGACCGUAACUCUCUGCGUCAGACAAUCGUGCGGCUGGAGCUGGAGGACAAGUGGCAGUUUCGUCUGCGGGAUGAGUUCCAGACGGCCAACUGCAGCGAGGACCGGCCCCUCUACUUUCUCACAGGACGCCAUGUU